GGUCUGUCGGCCGGUGCGCAGUCGCGAGACGAGAAUUACUGUAGCUAGGCGAUCGUGUCGCAUUGGCUUUGCGUGACGCGCGCGUUUUUAUUUUCUGUUUAAUUACUUUGAAGUUACGUCGAAUAUUAAUGCUAUUUGUAGUUUCAUUUUUCCACUGUUUUAUUAUUUGAGUGAUUCGCAGAUAUAUACGUAUGCAUGUCCACCAAAACUUGUUGUUGUUGAAGUUUGAGAUGUGAAAGACGAUUUACCGUAUAGAUAUCUAUAGUAAGUCAGAUGACGGUUAUUUUUAUAUUUUUUAUAUUUCCGAAUGUAAAACAACAAUUGUCGAUAUAAUUUUUUUUUUUUUGACCAUUUAAAAGCAGAUUUUUUAAAAAAUCCUUUUAAAACCCAUUUAACUAAUUCCAUUUAACGUGUUUUCUCGUGUAAAACCAUGGAUCGCUUUUCUAUUAUUAUGCGACAUUCACGUUUUACCACGGUAACCCUUAAAUCAAAAAAAAAUAUAUCAAAAACCUGUGUCACCUACCUCAGUGACCCGUUUAUCAGCUUCUACAUGCACAUUUUCCGACCUCUGCGCGUGAUCGAUUCGGCUGUAGAGAAAUGCCUAUGCACACAGAGAACUGCUACAUUUUAUUAGAAUAGUAUUUUUUUUGAUUGAAAACCGUAUAAAACAAAAGCUGUAUAAAUCAGGAAAGUAAAAUACAGAAACAUAGGUUAAAGGAAAGAUAAAUACAGAAAUGGUAUUUUAGGGAUUGAAAAAAUAUUUUUUGGAAAAAAUAACACACCGGAAAGUAAUAUUCGGUAAACAAAAAAAAUAUUUUAUUUAUGUACCCUAUUUUUAUUUUCCUAUAAAAAAGCUUUCUCGAGUAUAAUUUUCCUAAUAGAAAUGUAUUUCUGAUUUACACUUUUCUGAUUUUCACAGUCAUGUCUUAUAUUUUCUUAAAAAAAAAAACCUUCGCUAUUUUACCGUGUUGUCUGGUCCCUCAAGUUCAAUAAGCAGGUACCCAAAAUCAUAAAAUACUCGCGUUUUAUAAAGUUUAAGUAGUAUUAUAUUUUUAAUUUUUGUUGAAUGAAUUAUUUGAAACUCUUGAAAUUUGAUCAAUUUUUAUUGAAUGUCGUCAACAAAUAUUAAUUGUAGGACACAACAUUUUGGAAUUCUUGAAAAGUAAUACAAUUUUGUCAAUUGAAAAUCAUUCGAUUAGUUAGUCUACUGCAUAAAAACCAGUGAUAAAAUUGUAUCAAUAUUAUUUUUGAUGAUUUAUCAAUAUCAUCAUUACUAUUUUCUAUCCGCAUGAAUAUUUUAUUAGAUAUUUCAAAACGGCUAAAAUAGCAACAAUGCAUUCAAUGAAAUAUCAACAGUAUUGGUUUAUCAAAACGAAAACGACGAUAAUGAUUGUAAUAGGCUUCAACCAAAAAACGAAAAUAUUAUGGAUACAGUUUCUAUUUUAGAUUCUUUUUGUGAGAAAAAUUAUCCGAAAGUUUUGCUGAAUUCAGAUAAGGCCAUGAGAAUUUAGUAAUGUCAACUCAACUAACAAUUUCAAUUUCAUUUGGUUUUUUUUCAACCUAGAUAUUGUGCCAUUAGGUCCACUAGUAUUACUCAUUAUUUUAAUUUUUACUGGGACAAAGAAAAUCAAAGAAUAAGGAAAUGAGAAUCGACAAACAUGACUAAGUUUUUAUGACUAAGUAGUUAUUACUUUAUGGUUAUAGAAAAUUAUAAUUUACCAGUAAUAGUUUUUACAUUUUGAGGUUAGAAUACUGCAUUAUAAUUUUUUUUUUUUGUAUUGUUGUCACCGUGGUUUAAGUGAAAUAUUUUAUCACACUCAAUAAAUAUAUGGUAGACCUCUUCGUGCAUUCCCAAAUCUCUGUGCUUUCCUAAAUAUACUCUUAUCCCCAACAUACUCUGACCUUCAUCAUAAAUGUGGACCUUAUAUGAAAUUUCCUCUCUCCCUCUUGUCCUGAAUCCGCUCCAGUGUAUCAUGCAGUAAACAUAUAAGUAUGCAUAUACAUUUGUAACACAAAAAUAGUAUCCAUUUGUGUAUUGAUAAAAUCGUAAAAAUAAACUACUUAAUAAUAUUCUUUACGUCGUAAUUUUUUAACACUGAACAUAAUUAUUAUACAAUUAAUUUACAUAUACGGAACGGAAAUCAUAAAGAUAUUCGCAAAAUUAUAAAAAAUUCAUAAGGUAUACUCAUUUCUAGUGCUUAAUAUUUGUUAUUGUUACUGAAAUAUAGUUAGUGUAACAAUUGAAAAAAAAUACAUAGAUUGAAAGAUAUGUCGAAAACAUUUUACCUGUGUUAACUUAUCACCUACUAUAGAUACCCGCACAGAUUGUACUACAAUAAUUAAUAACAGUUUUUUGUAUAAGUGUUAUCAAGGUAACCCAUAAAUCAACAAAAAUAAUAAGAUUUUUGUACUAAAAAUACCUAAAAACUAAAUUUUAUAGAAUGGUAUUUAGUAGGGUGUGGAUUUCAAUAGCUAUAAAUCUUUUCCGGUUAUGUAGGACAUUUUGAAAAAAAAAAAACAAAUAAAAUUUAUAAUUAUUGAGUCUUUUGAGGUAAUCUUAAAUAAAUCUUUUUCCAUAAAUCAACAAUUUUUCCAAGGAUUUUAGGUUAACUUAAUUUCUGUUUUUUUUUUUUUUUUUUGUAAUCAUCACAAAAUCGUUUAAGGUUUAUUUUAACCAUACGAUGUAGUACAUACGCUAAUAUUAGAUAAACCAUUUAUGAGGUCUAAUAAUUAAAAAUUUAGACCACAAGAGGAGAGAAAAAAAAUUAAUUUAUUAUUUAAAAAUCUGUCCUAAGAUAAUGAGGACGGAUGCAGUCACUGUUGUGGGUGGAAAGUCGGGAAGGUAAGAUACAGAAAGGAAUUGAAUGUACUUAAAACUACCUCGGUAACCCAGAAAUCAGCAAAAAUAAAACCGACGUAUAGGCAUUUGUUGUUGAUUUUUAAAAUUGUAUAGAUAAACUGUAGAGAAUCUAAAAUUAUUCUUGAAAUAAAGUACUAUACUGGAGAUGAAUCUGCAUCUUUUAAGUUAUGCGAUGAGGAAAUCGGAGAAUUUUCACUAAUAGUGAGUACCGGGAUAAGCCAAUAUCGUGUAUAGGUCAGUAAUAUAGAUAUUGGAAAAUUGGAUAUGUGGUAUUUUUCAAAAUCGAUAUUUGACUGGAUAUGUUUAGAGAAAAAUAUGAAAAAAGCGUUCAAAAAACUGUCCUAAGAUAAUGGGGAUGGGUGCAGCUACUGUUGUAGGUGGAAAGUUGGGAAGAUAGGAUACAGAAGUUAAUUUAAUGUAUAUCUGUAAGCAAUGAUGAAUUGUUGCUAACGAAAAAAACGAUUUUGAGCGGAUGUUUCGUCAACAAUAUAUAUGUUAUACUAUGGUAAAAUAAUUAAAUAGGCAUUAUAUACUCUCUAGAAUAAUAUUUGUUUAGUAUUGUACCAAUUUUCCCGUUUUUCCUGUUUUUUCCAGGUUCCGUGUUUCACCCGGUUUUUCCCAUUUGUUAAGAAAACUCCUGAGCAAAUUGAUAAAUUACCUCCUUAAAUUACCACCCCAAAAAUAUUUCCUUUCGGAAAAAGGGUCUACAUCGUAUACACCGGAGUAAGCUUUUUGGUAGAAUAAGUUUUCACAUAAAGAAAAAAAAAGUAAAACCAAUACAUUCUUCGCUACACUCAGUAUAUAAAAUAUAUAUGCAAUUUAUUACCCUUCCCUACUCCGAAUGAAAUUUUAAACUGUUAUAACUCAUUAAUGGUAAAACUGAUAUUAGUAUUAUGAGUACUUAAUUCGUGUAGGGGUAAAAGGUAGAGGAGGAUAGAAGAGUUGGAGUAAAAAUUGAAAAUAAUGUUUAAAAAAAAGCUUAACAAUUCCAUAAUGAUUAAAAAAAAAAAAAAAAAUAGGAUAAGCCUGUAAUUAUAUUCUUAGGUAUUUCUUAUUAAGCUAUGGCCGCAAUUUCUGGAUAAAAUCAGAAUUUUGUGUGAUGAUAAAUUAUUGUAUUUUAAUUACUACUACACUUUACUACUACACUACACAUAAUAUUAACUAUCCCGUUAGAGUUUCAAUAUCUUCAAGUAUUUUAUGAAGUAUUUAUUGUGCGUAACCUCUCAAACGUUGGUACAGAACAGACAUUAUUAUAAUACAAAUCGUGUAACUAAAAAACGGUUAAGCGAAUUAUAAUAUCCCAUAAUAACAAUAAGAAUAUUCCUCAACGCAGUGAUCCCGGCCGAAAAACUUUCAUGUAUUGGAAAAACUUUCCGAUAAGAUCAUAAUAAUAACGGUGUAUACGAGUAUAUUAUACUAAAAUACGAGUAUAAUGUUACCUGUUAGAUUUUAUCCACUCAGUAUAUAACGGAAGAAUAUAUUUCAUUCAUAUUCGUAUAGUCUAAAACGAUUUAUAUGAGAAAACAUUUUUUAAGUUGUAAAUUGUUGAGAAUAAAACGAGAUAUGGUCGGUUUAUGACGGUGUGAAAAAUCUGUAACGCAUUCCCCUCGCUCCCUAUAUUUUUUUAACGGCAAUUCUCCAAUUAUUUUACGGUGAAAAUGUAAUGCGGUUAAAAACUUAAAUUAUUUUUUAAAUACUUAUUAUAACACAAUAAUAUUAUUGCGGCACGUGUAUGCAUAAACAAUUUUUCUAGGAUUUUGUAUUACAUUUUCAUUAGCUUAUCUUUUUCGCACGAUAAUAUUAAUUCAUUGUUCGUAAAUAAAAUUCGGUUUUAUUGUAGUUUUAAAUUUUAAAUUUGAUUUGAAUUUCAUCAAAAGCUAGGCUAACUCAAGGCUAACUAAAUAAUAUGAACAACAUGAAACGGAGGAUUUUGUAUUGGAAAACAGAGUAAUAUAUACUAAUUUAUUGUAUUACGCAUUAUUGAAUGACAUGCGAUAACAGAGAAACAAUAAUAAAUAUACAAUAAUGGUAAUAAAUACCGGUCUGUGAUUAUUAUUUAUGCGGUAUUUAUUUAGAUAAUUCAUUAUAAUUAAUAAACUAAGGUGUUUGUAAAGUAUUAUUAUUGAAGAAUUCCAGUAGUUUGUGCAUCUCUCCUAACAAUGCGUUCGCUUAAAUAUUCAACUUCAUAUUUGUAUUUAUUUAUGGUAUAGCAAUUUGAUUUUGAAAUGUACCUAGGUAUGUAUUUCAUCCCGAACCGACUAUCAUCGAGUUACAGCCAUAGAUAUAAAGAUCAGAGAUUUCAAAAGGGGUCUAUAUAAGCCCACAAGGAUAUAUUCUGAACUGAAAAGGAACAAUUUCAUAGAAAAAAAAAAUUGGGGGAGGGUAUGUAAUGUAAAUAGGAGUAAUAAAUGAUAUUAGGGGGUCUAGGAAAAACAGAAUAAAUUAGAAAAUUGUAUACGGAUUUCAAAAUUCGAGUUUUCGAUUUUUUUUAAAUUUAUUGCCUAUGUAUUAUGUUUUCUGUACAUAUAAUGUGCGUAAUAAAAUGAUGUUAAAAUAUUUUUCCAGUUUUGAAAUUUGCAAAUCUGGAUUUUUCCCACUAUUUAUCCCAUAUAUCGUCAAUCGUACUUAUUUAAUGUAUAUUAUAUAUUAUUAUAUUAACCAGGGCUAAUAACUUUAAGAAUGUGCAUAUUUUUUUUUAGUGAUCUUGAGGUACUUACAAUUAAGCUAUACAUUUGUUUCAGAAAAUCACGAGGUUACACAAAUAAAUGUUUAUGUUGCAUAUUUUUGCAUAUUUCGAAGUUAAAGUGCUAUUUUGGUUUUUUUUAUGCUUAGAGCUAUUUCAAUAUAGUAAGUUUCAAAAUAAUAUACUUAAUAACAAGAAUAAUUUAAACAAUCUUGAAUAUCUACAUGUUCAUUUGUUUCUUUUGGCGUCCGUUUCAACUCAGUAAGACAGUAAUCAUAUCGAUAUAAUAUACAUAUAUACAUAUCUUAUAAUUUUGUAUAUAUACAUGUAUUAUAUGUAUAUAUGUAUGUAUUAUAUAUAUAUUUUGUAUAAUUUAUAAUUGUAUCACGUCGUAUAUUGUAAAAAAAAAAAAAAAACUAAUACAAAAAUAAUGUUGCUCACAGGUAGGCCGGUAGGCGUUGUAAAUGUAUCUACAUGGGGCCAGUUAAACAGACAUGAUUUACAGGAUAAUUUAGUUUAUAAAUAUACUUUAUGCGCCGAUGAAACAUUGCAACCGAAAGAAACUACAAAUAAAUCAAAAAAUGACCACCUUGAUGCACCAAGUAGACAAAUAUAUUCGUUCAUAAAGAUGCUACACUUAAUGAUCAAAGCAAGAUUUCUGGUAGAAAAGUUAUUUAUUUAUAGGCUCACUAGAAACAAACACAUUGUAGUAAAACCAAUAUGUAUAAAAUGUAGCACCUUUUCUGAAAAGAAAUUUUCUCUAGUCGGUGUAUUUAAGAGGACAUUUUUUUUAUUUUCCAAGAGGGGCUUUCAAAGUAAUUGGGAGAAACCUGAAAGAAAAUUAUAGGUUAAACUGCAAAUAUUUAUGACUCGCCUUGACGUUACCGUUUUCAUGGUUUUUAAACUUUGUUCAUGAUGUUUUCUACUGUAAAUAUUACUCCAGUCGAAAAAUUGCAAUGCAUCGAUGCUUUCCUUUUAAAAUAGAUCUACUGAAAAAUAAAGUCUUUUUUUGAUAUUUAAAGUAUUUUUAUAAUACUUGGGAAAAACCAAAAACAUUGCUCCAAUAUAAAAACAACAAGAUAUCUGUUUUGUUUAAUUGUUUAUCUAGUUUAUGAAUAAGAGAGUCGAUUAGGUUUUCUCUGUAGUUGUAUCAAUAAUCGUGGAAAAGCCGAAAAAUAUGAAUAAAGUACAGGCAAAUGUAUGAAAAUAAUUUUAUUUUUAUUUUAAAUUUUGUUUUUUAUGUAAUUUAGUUAAACAUAUUCGUAUAGAGACUUGAAAUUUUAAGAUACAAUUUGCUUUUUCUAGACGUGGUUAAAUUUUAAAAUAUUUGAGCCAUGUUUUAACUAUUUAUAGAUAUUUUAGGUACUCUGUAGUUAAAGUUGAUAGACUAAACAGAAACGCUUGAAAUUUUACAUGAGGUUCAUUAUGAUCGUAUUAAGUAGUAAAAAAAAUUGACUACAAUGUAGAAUUUUUUUUGUUUUAUAAAAAUUUUAAUAUCUAAUUUUGACGAAAAUCGUAUAUAUUACGGCUUUCAAAAAUAUGUGACUGAAUUUCGCUCUAGAUCAUUUUUCGUUACCAAUGGUUUAUCGUUAGUUACAGAUACAAAUUAAAUAACUUUCUCAUCUUCCCAACUUCUAUCCUAUAACAGUGGCUGCACCCGUCCCCAGUGUCAGUUCUUUUAUUUUUUAUUUUCAUUAUUCAGUAUAAAUCGAAGUAGGUUAGAUAAAAAGUUCUUAUAAUAAGUAGUUAAAUAAUUGAAUAUUGAAUUUUGUAUUGGGAAUUUCUAAAUUAAUUUUUAAAACUACUUGAAUGAACUAUCAUGUCAAAUUAAAAUAGUAUUCGAAAAGUAUUUAUAUUUAUUCUUGUAUACUUUUUCUUAUACGUAUUUAAAAUUUAUUUGAAAUACUUUCUGAAUGGAUGUAUUUGCAUCUGUAUUAAAGUACAAUUUUUUUUUUUUUUACAAGACAGCAUACAUGCACAAUUUAAUAAGUAAAAUAUGUAUUUAUGAGUAUGUUAUAUUGGUUUUAUUUUUUCAAUGUUAUUUUUCUUGGUUCUUCCUUGCUUCUUCCAACCGCUGAAUACAAAUCUUGGCAUCUGUGUCUGUUCUCUACAGUUUCCUUCCAUAUGAGUACUGUCUUAACGGCCUUCUUCCCGCAGUUUCCCCAACUUAACCUUAGCCUACUUGAAGGUCUUUUUAAGAUUUUAAAUAUAAUUAUUAUUCAAUAAAUAAAUAAUAACAAUAAAUAGGUUUUUGAAAUAUGCACAUAGUCCUAUGAAUCAAAAAUCCAUUCACAACUAAGACACGUCCGUGUAUACUAUGAAAGAAUUACAAUAAUAAAUCGCGUACGAAAAAUAUAUUUGAAAAAACUUUCUCAAGGUUAAAUGCUAUAAAAUAUUACCAUAAUAACGCAUAUCGAUCACAUAUUAAAUCGUCUCGGUUAUAUUAUAUGUAAAGUAAACUUGAAUAUAAAAUUAAUUUAAUUUUUGUGUUAAUAAUAUCAUAUGGUAAUAAUAAUAAUUUAAGGUUCGACAAAAUAUUGAUCUUAUUUCUUUUUUUUUAGAUUCCGAAUGUACUCCUUUCUAUAAGAGACUUUCAAUAAGAUAUUAUAUUAUAUUAUAUAACAUUGGUAUAAUUUGACUUGGUUUCUUGGUUACCUGGGCUAUAAUAGAAAAACGUGACUAAUUAUAAUUUUAAAAUUUAAUUGAGCUCGUAUUUUGAUUGUAAUAAUUUAUCAAUUGUAUAAUAAUCCUUGUUGCUAUCAUUAUAAUCAAUACUAAUUAUGCUAUAUCCCUUAUAUACAUAAUAUAAACUUUCCACUUACAAAUUACAACUGUGGCCUACCCAUGAUGCGAAGUAUAUCCAGAUUUUUUAUUUUACAUAUGAUAUUGUUUAGGAUUUAAUAAUAUAAAAAAUAAUUAUUUAACUACAGUCAUUGCCAAAAUUAAAUUAACCCAAUCUGAAAUCAUUUAUUUGUAAAAUUAGUUUUUUAUUUUCCAAGUCUUAAGUUCAAGACGUGUGAGCCCCUUUAUAACCAUAAGUUUCAAAUCAAACAAUAUACUACAAUAAAAAACGUUGUCAAUAAUUAGCAACAAUAAACCAUUGCUAACGAAAAACGAUUCUGAGUAAAAUGCAUUUAUACAUAGUUUGAAAGACCGUAAUAGGUAUUUUCGAUUUUCAUCAAAAUUUGAUUUUGAAACCAUUAUACACGUGUUAUAUUUUUCGUUGUCAUGAAUAAAUCAUACAAACAAUAAUUAUGGUAAUUAAUUUCUUAAUAUAACACAUUUUAAUAAUUAUAAUGAGUUUUUGGUUUUUUUUUUUUUAAAUAAAUAUUUGUAUGUUUUAUGUGAAAUCUCACCAUAAUUUAACGUUUCUAGAAAUAUCAUGUUUUUAUCGUGUAAGCCAUGGAAAUAAUUUUUUUGUUUUUGUCCAUAUAUCAUUUUCAUUUAUUUUUCAGGCACGCGAUUUUCAAUAUAGUUGUUUAUAUUAGGUACUGUUUUCGAAAUCAAUGUGGAUUUAUCACUCAAUAGUAUUUCAUUUGUGCAAAUUAUAUUGUAAUAAUUAUUUAUUAUUGUUUCCAACGGAAACUGUUCGUGCUGACGAAUAGAAAUAAAUGAAAAUAAUAGUCAAACUUUGGUAACUUCAAUUUAUCCUACGUUCGGACAAUACAGUAACUGAUACUGAAGUACAACGCUAAGGACUACCUACCUCUCGAUAAUACGUUAAUGUUUGCAGCAUACCAUACACAAAACCUCACUGUCAUUAUCUAACCAAAUACUCUCGCUCUUCUUUGCCCGCGCAUUCUUGGUAAAUCAUCUACUCUUUCCACUCGGACCCCGUCAUUUCAAUUAAUCACUUCACGUCUGUACGCAGCUAAUGUUUAAGAAUUCCCAACGCAAGAAGCUCAUAAAACUAUUCCCAGGUCGAAUUACAUUCAAUUCUUAUUUUCAAGUUACUUUCUUCGCUUUUUUUUCAUAGCAUAGGUACGUUUGAUUUAAUUUGUUUGUGUAAAUAAAAAUAAAAUAAAAAGAGAAUUCAAUGCAAACAAUACUGUUCUUGAAUUUAUAAUAUUUAAACAAAAUGUAAAAGAAUUUCCGAAAUGUUUGCAACCCCAGUCGACUUUUACAAAACUUUGAUACUCAACAUAGACAUCCCCCGCCUAUCCUUAAAUUUAUUUAUUUUUAAAAUAACGCCACAUACUGAAAUUCGAGUAAUAAAUCAAGUCACACUGAUGACUUCUUAUAGUAUUAUUAAUAUCAGAAAGGUUGUGUUUUGUAAUUCUACAUAAAUGAUGUACCCUUCUUUAUCGUCUACUCCCUCUCAACUUUUGUCUUACUCUCUAGUAAAAUAAUCUGUUCAUACAACCUACCCGCCCUCUCAACCAUAUAUAUUUACCAUCUAUCUCCUUUUCGGUUUUCUUCUUUUCCAUCAUCCAUCCACAUUAAUUUAUAAAAAUAUUCCUAUUACAAACUCGAAACGUCCCUACUUUCUCCACUUCCUAUCUAUAAAAGUCAUCCUUAGUAUAAGCUGUUUUUUUUUUUUUUAUUCUUACUCUAAAUAAAUACAUUUUUUCACCGAAAAUGAUUCGCCAAAGUGUCUUUCGCCCAAUCGUCUUUCGCCAAAAUGACCGGAUACCUAACAAAACUAUUUUUGGGAAAUCAUUUAUACUAUGGUUAAAUACCCGUGUAUUUAUCCGAAAAUGUAUAACUUCCCAUCGGGCAAUUGUUCAAUGCAACAACAAAACAAGUUCAAAAUGACUUUUUGAUAGUUCCGUUUAAAGCAAUAAGUGUUACAUCAUUAGGUGCAAUAAUACUGCAAGUCAGUUCAUUCGAUACGGAAUAAAUACUUAGUAAUAAUGAUUGUCUGGUUAAAUCAAAUUCUGAGCGAAAAGAAGACAAGUCUUAUGAUUUUUUUCCUCCUCUUAAACUCUUCUUCGAAAAUUAGACUUGUCUUUUUGUGCUGAACCCUUCAUUAUUUUACCGGUGCCCAUCACCAACUUAUUAUAAUUUUUAACACACCAAUAGUUCUACUACGCAUCAACAGCAAAGCAAAGUCGUGUUAUUAUAAUCGGUUGGCCGAUCGUUUUAAAAUGUACCUAUAGUAUAUAAUAAUAUACGAUAAUUUGUCCGGACAAUAUUAUCUGUAAAAUAACCAAAUAAUAUCGACCGUAACAAUAAUAUACGGAUAGCCACUACGAUAAUGAUGGUAAUUAUUAUUAUUAUUAUUAUGGGUUCGUAUUAUAAUAAAAUCGUGGGUAAAAUAUUGUAUCGUUCGCGGUGGUUGAAAUGCGGAAUUUGUGGAAUUUACCUUCACCGAGUAGGCAUUAAAAAAAAAAUUUAUAUAUAUAUAUAAGCUAAAGAUAAAUAAGAUAAGAUCAAGAUAUUACGUCUGAAAAUUAUUGGGAGGUUAUUAAUUUAUAUUGGAUAUUAAUUCGAUAAUAAAUUUACGUUUUCCGUGAAAAUCAAACGAAAUCGAAUCGAUUAGCCAGCCUGAAGUGAUGCAGUGGUACAAUGAAUUCAAUCGAGUUGGCUAAUUCACUCUGCGUUCCGUUGAAAGUCCAGGCUGUUGAAAUAUUUUUCUUAAGAUUUUUAGCUCGUCCUUUUAAAUGAACCGAAAAUUGUAAAAAGUUUAAACCGUCGGGUUUUCCAAUUAACGGAAUUUCGAACGGAUACCUAACACAAAGUGAUUUUUGUAUCGGCCUCUUCGUCAACCUCUUCAGUGUGGUUACCACACUUAUACAGUGGUGUAUUUACACGAAGAGAUUAAAAAUAUAUACACAUAUAUCCCUCUUAAUGUUUUUUUUAGUAUCAACUAUUUAUAUGACUGGGUAAUUAUUUUUUAAAUUCAAAUUUCUUUAAUUUUAUGUCAGAAAAAUCGAAAAUAUGUUGUUCCCUGUUUGUAGUUAAUAACGUAUGAAAACCUGAACGUACCUAGGACGUAGAUAUGCAUUGUCUUGUUAAACACGAAACCUAUCUGUAAAUGUAUCAUGAACGAAUUUAAAUAAAUUACAGUACGUUAAUAGUAAAUAUUUUAAUUAUAAUUACUUAUACCAGAAAUUCCUACAGUAAAUUUAUCAGAUUUCAAUUAUAUUUUCAGGGUUAAUUGAAAAAUAAUUUAUAUAUAUGAAAAUAAAUUAAAAAAUCGUUUAUUUCGGUCCUAUGUACAUAUGACACAAUUUUUAAUUACCAUAGUUCACUCUUUGAAAAAAAUCCUAAAUACGCCACUGGAACCACAACAAUACGCAUCACGACUAUUACUGCACUAGUAUUAUAGUGUAGACUAGUAAAUGCACUCUAGCUGCAAUGUAACGUAGUUGUUUGUGUCUACUGUAUUAUGUUAUUAUUAUUAUUAUUAUUAUGGCCAUGGUGAUGGUGUAAUAUUACGUAUAACUCGGUGUUAUUGGAUUCGGGGACAUAACGCGGAGAUGCGGUUUUUUUUUUUUAAUUCGACAAAACGGAUAAAUAACUCGGAUUUACGGGACAUUUUCGGACUGCGCAACGAGAAAAAAAUUCUUUUGAUAUAAUAAUAUCACAAACGAUGACUAACCUCGGGCCCCUUCCGGGACAGUGUAUUUAUCGAAUUACAUCGGAUUGAUUAUAUUGCACAGGCUCGUGUAAUACUAUACCCGAGUAACUUUAUACAUACCUAACUACCUGCUCGUAUUAUGGCCAUUGAUGAGUAUCUAUUUGGAGGAGGGAGGGGGAACAAAAAAAUAAAAAUACGCCGUAAUUUUUAUUAAGUCAUUCUUAAUUUUAAGAGAAAAAAAAAAUUGAUUUUCUAUAAUUUUUUUUUCUCAAGUAGAGAUUUGAUACCCAUUUUAGGGGCUAGAAUAGUUUGAUUAUUUUUUUCUAUUCAAUAUAAUAAAGAGACUAUUUUUGCUCGUGUUGAACUCCGAUUUUCAUAAUUAAAAUUCCUAUAGGAACUGUAUAAAUUUUUUAAAAAUUACUAGUAUUAUUAUUUUUUUCCUCGACAUUACAAAUAAAUGAAAAAAUUGUAGUUCAAUGUCACUUGUAAAAGGUUUCAUUCGUCAAUUAAAAAAAAAAUUGAUAUUGCCCGAAUAUUUUACGAUGUGUGAGAAUAUAUCGCGCCAAGUAAUUUUCAUUCGUAAAAACGGGCUAGCUCUUUCACUGGGUAUCUGGCAGUAGAUUAGUGCAACAUUUUCAUCUUUUAAAUUGUCAUUAAAAUAAUAAAAAUAAUUUUCGAUAAAUAAUUAAUUAUCUUUUAUCUUAUCUAGAUAAAUAAACAAAAUGAAUUAUCUGAUGAAUUAUCAUAGAUUAAUAAUUGAGUUAUUUAACGUAGUUUAUCUAGAUAAAUGAAUAUAUUUACAUUUCCAAAAAAUUCGAAAAAUUUGAAAUUUAAAACCUCAUGUCUCAUGUCUCAUUCGUAAACCAUCCUUAUUUAAAUACAGAACAAAAUUAAAAACAUAAAGUAAUAGGUAAUAAUAUUAUCCGGGUCGCUUAAUUAAGUUAUUUCAGAAAUUCUAUAUCCGGGCCGAUAUGAAGAUAUCUACAGGCUACGGUCUAAACGGAGUUGACUAAGUUGACUGCUAAUAGAUUUAUUUUAUAAUUAACAAAUUAGUAAUUAAAUUCAAUUCAAUAUUAUAAAUGAUAAAAAAUCUACACAUUGUACCCAACCUUCAAAAAUAAACAUUAGAAUACGGCUAGUUUUAUUUAAUGACACAAGUAAAUAAAUUUAAAAUAAUUAUCAAUCUAUAAUAACAAUAAAAAUUAAUCUUAAAAUUUGAAUGGAAUAAUAUAUUCUAAAUGAUAAUAAUUAUUGAGUAUUAUAUACCUAUUAGUUAUUAGAUCAAUGUUAAGUUCAUUUUAUUUUAUUUUAUUUUUUAAGUAGAAAUUGACAAAAAAAUUGUAGAUUAAUUAAUAAAAUUAAAACAAUUUUAUCUUUUUCUUUUAUCCAGAUAAAUAGUGUUUUAUCUUUUAUCUUUAUCUAGAUAAAUUGUAUCUAACUAUCUUUUAUCUUUAUCUGGAUAAAUGUUUAGUUAUCUUUGCGCAACACUGUCAAACAGCUUUACGACUGACUAGCGUAUUAUAUAAAAUACAAAUUUCAAGGGAAACUUGGAAGACUUUGGGGUCCAAGAAGCUCUAGCUCUCAUCUGUGGGAUUAACUUAAAGAGACGUCUGUAUUACGCGGAGUUACAUAUCACAGAGAUUAUAAAAACAUUUUAAAUAAAAUAAACAACUUCGAAAAACUAAUAAUGCCAUAUGACAUCAUUGUGAUUAGACCAUCACAGUAGUUGUAAGCGGUUAGUCGGAAAGGUAAAAAAAUGAUAAUUUUGAUUUUAACCCUAACCAAUUCAUUGAAAUCGAAUAUAGGAAUGUAGCAAAAUUUCAUCCACAAAUCCUUCCCUACCCACUAAAAAAACUCGAAUGAUUAAUCAUUAUAUUAUUAUUUUUCUUAUCAAUCUCGAACAAUAUACUAACCUACACCCUUAUUAUUAUAGGCGAAGAACAAACACUGCGGGCAUUUAUCAUUAUAAGUCCCCCGUGGUUUUAUUGUAGCAUUCAAAUCAGUGCGUGACAUAUUAUUGUUGAACGUAAAAUAAUAGAGUAAUGAGGAAUUUUUAAUUAGAUACAAUUAAGGGUUGGAAGGAAGUAAAAUAGGAUAAAUUAUUGUUGUAGAUAUUGCGGUAACCACGGUGCUGAAUGUAUAAACAUUUUCUUUUUUGCGACCGGACAAUAAAAAGAAACAACAAAAUUAACAAAACAAUAAAAAAAAAAAAAAAAAACGAAAUUACCGUCCGGUUUAAGUUUUAACCAUCAGGGUCGACUCUACCGCUGUUUUUCAGACAACUACAGUGAAAAUUAUUCUUUAAGUACACGCGUGUAUAAUCCGUCGAAUUCGUCGCAGUCGUUUAGCCUAUCUUAACCAAAACAUAUUUAACAAAAUAGGCCACUAUUAUAAAUGAGAAGUUGGGAAAUUAUAUGAUUCAUGUAUUAUAUUAUAAUAAAAUGUAAUUUCUAGUUCGUUACAUACCAAUAUUGAUAUGCAACGAUAAUUCAUUACAAACGAUAACCGACUCUAGGUGAAAUGCCGUAAUUUUAAAGAUUUUCGUCAAAAUUUCAUUCUAAAAGGCUUACAAAAAAAACUACUACUUUACGUUCAACUUUUUUUUGUAACUACUAAGUACAACUUAUAAUGAAUAUUAAACUCAUGUAUACAUGCAGCGAUGUAUGCAUCCCAAUGCAUACACAACUCUGCUCAAAAUCUAAAAUAAAAAUGAUAAAAAAAAAAAGAAAAAAACACAAAUUCCUUUACAUUCUUCACUGCAUUUGGAAUCUAAAUUUAAAAAAUGAUUUGUUUCUAGUGACAUGUUUUUCUGGUUGGUGCGCUGGGAAGGUCAUUUCCUUCUAGUUUUCUUAUUACUUGAGGAAAACUUCAAAAACACAGGAAAAUAUACGCAAUAACGGUUUCUAUGGUUUUAAAUUUAUUAUUAUUAUUUUAUUUUUUUUUUUUUUUGCAAUUUGAUUAAAAUAUAACCAUACUGCUAUUUUAUCUGAUUUCAAAAAAAAAAAAAAAGCCAUGACUCGAUUUUGCCACUGUGUAAGUGGUUUAUCAACUUAACUUGAUUCUCGUUGUAAUAAAGAUUUUUAAUUAUUGAUAAUUUUUAUUGAUAUUAUUAAUUUUAGGUAUUUGUAUUUCACUUUAUUUGAUUAUGACUACCUCACAUACUGAUCGGGUACACUUUUAUAUUUAUCAAUUUGAAACACAAAAAUAACUCACGUAUACGUAAAAUGUAUUUUAACAUACUGUUUUAUACGAGUUUUAUCACACACGCGAUUAGUGUCCAAAAAACGAAUAUUACGGUGUAUUCCACGCGUUUAAAGUGAUUUCGGGAGUAUAGACUGCAAGCAGGUAAAUAGUUAACGAAUUUGACAGUUUCCGCAACAGCACUACAAAAACUAGUUUUCAUAAUUUUUUUUUUUUUGCAGUCACCUAGGUACUCACUAUCCACCUGUUUAUAAAAAAUUCGAAUAUCUUAAGGUGAAUAUACUUGAUAAUUACUAUUAUGAUAAUUCGGCAUUUAAAAUACGAAUUGUUAUAUUACCAGUUUUACAAUUCAUGUUAGGCUACUAUAUCGUUUUGGUUUUUUUUUUUGUCCAUACUAAUUAAAUAAAACCAAGCAAACGGCAACAUUUCCGUUAUCAACUUAUACAGUAAAUGUGUCUACAGCUCUGAACCGUUUUCCGAGUACUUAUAAUGAAUAUAAUAUUUCACCGUUGUCAUUGCCUUCAUUAAUUUCCGAAAUUAUAGCGAAAUAAUAUAUAUACUCGUUCGGCCCGUUCAAAAUAAUAACUUUUUAUACACAGAGUGAUCAUUAUAAUUUUAGACACUCAUUAUUCUGGAAAAUGUAAAUUUUUUACGGAACUUGUUUUUGAAAAAUUUAAGAAACAACCAGCUCUAAAAUAUUACAUUACAAUCAAUUUUGGGGAUGAAAUCACUAACCACUUUGAAUUUUAAAAUUAAAAAUGUUUUUUUUUGUAAAAAGCUGUUCCUGUCCAAACUGUUCAACCUGUCCAACCAGGUCGAAUACUCUUCUCUUCUAUCCAAAUUGUCUUCAGGGCAAUUCAAUUUAUUUGCAGAAAGCAACGAUACAUUAUUAUAAUCUAAAAACGAUUCUGAAUUGAGUAUUAUAGUAUUAAUAUGAAUCGUAAUUUUUUCCGUGUAGCCAAGUCAUCCCAGAAAUCAAACAAAAUUAAACCGAUAUUUUACCAACGUUUAAUGUCAGUUUUUAAUUUUUCUAGAAAUAUUACUGGAAAUCCAAACGUUUAUUUCAAACAAACUAUCACCGACAAAUAUCAUCAACGUCUUAUGAAGUGUAGCAUUCAAAAACCGUGGCAUUUUUACUAACCCAAAAAGUGUUUUCCGAAAAAAAAUCAUUAUUAAAGCUACACUGAGAAUCUAGCAAAAAAAAAUUAGGUAAGUGUUAUAAUUUUUUCUCCCGUUGUUUAUUUUCUGACCACUCUCACUUAUAAUGUAUCUCGAUUUAUUUAGCUUUGACCCAGAGUGUUUAUUGGUCACAAGAUAAUGUUACACUCUGCAACGUGAAAACUCGAACUCGAGUUUUGUUGUUUUUUUUUUUUUUUUUCUAUCGUUCGUUGGUAUAAUAUCUUAUUUAUAAAUCGGUAGAUCGACGGUCGCGGGCUCUAAAAACUAAAAAAACUAUAUUUGCGGACCCGAGAGUUAAUGGGUUUUUACCAUCAUCACUGCACCGUUUUGUCGAUUUUUAUCAUAUCUAAAACGAACGAUGAAAGUUUUCCAAUUUUAUUUAUUUUUUUUUUUUUUAACAAACCCAAAGAAAAUGUAUUUUCCGCCACAGUUUUCUACAUCGGUUGUACAUGCUCUACAAUAAAGACUUUUUGAGAGUUAUUUUUAUUACAGACAAUAGUUUUUUUUGUAAGAAAAAAAUAAAUAAACACAGAGAAGUAUAAAUACACACAAACAACUUAUUAAAUUUAAUUAAUAACUAAUUUAACUAUAAUGUUAUACAACCCAUUCUGUCUCAAAUGUUAAAAAAUAAAAAUAUGUUAAUUUAUUUAAUAGGAUAUCAUAGUGUGCAUAAUAAUUAUUUUGUUCCCGUGUGCAUAUUGUGAAUAUAAUUAUAGUCUAGACUUAAUAUUAGCAUAUACAUCCAUAUAUAUGUAUAUGUAUAUAUAUAUAUGAGUCAAAUAGCAAUUUAUGAUCUUGUGUGGUAGCUCAAAUUUUUUUUUUAGUUUUUUUUGUUGUAAAAUAAAAAAAAACAUUCACUCAAUGACUGCGAAAAACUUCGAAUACAAGCGAUAAUUUUUUCGGCAAUCAAUUCAAAAGGGCGAUGAUUUUACGGCGACGGGAAAAGGCAUAUAGGAAAACCGUUGUCGACACACGUCAUACAUUGCGUUUACUAAAAAUAAUAUUCGUACAUAAUUAUAAUACUAUUAUUGAAAUUAGAGGUGUUCUCAACUCGCAAUUUAAAAUUAUGCCGAAUUUAAAUACGACACGUAUGUUUACGGUUUCGUGUGUAGGUGACUAUAAACAGCUGAUCAAAAUAUUUCCGAACGAGACACGCUAUUGUGCUUUUGUUACUUGACCUUUUUGCAAACGUCAUUAUUUGCGCACGUUAAACAAUUUUAUUUUAUACAUUCUUAAAUUAAAAUUAUUUUAUAAAUUUGAAACAUUUUCGAUUUUCAUUAAAAUUUCAACUUUAAACACUUAUAAAAAAUAAAUCGCUACGCUAUCGUUAAGUGAAAUUUAUAUCAGAUUUUAAGUAUUCUUGAGAAGCCGAACGAAUUGUAUUUACAUAAAAAAAUAAAAACUAAAAUAGCUGAUAAUGCUGAUAGGUUGGGCCUAUCUGUUGUAGAUGGGAAAUUGGGAAGGUCGGAUAUAAUAUUGAAUAACUUAAUUAGAUCGUAUUUUGCUAUCAAUAAUUUAUCAUUGCGUACAGAUAUAAAAUACUGAGAUAACUCUAAUGUGUCGUACCUUCGCAACCUUUUUUUUUCAUCAUUAAGCUAUAUUUACUUGAUAACUCAAAAAUUAUAUUUUAAUAAUAUUAUGUACUGUACUAAAUAUUUUUCAUAUUCAAACAAACGUUAUUAAAAAGAUUUACCAGUAUCUAUAAUUAGAUAUAUUUUAUGUUAUCUAAAUGACUGGUAGCAAACAGAGCCCGAACCGAAUUUGUCUUUAAAUUAACAAACUCGAACCGAACCAAACUAUUCUAAUAUUUUAUCGAACUUAUAUUGAACUUUAAAAAAAUUAAAGGGUUUCGAGUUCAAAAUGUUACAUCAUUCAGAAAUACAUCAUAAAUAUCAUAAACGUAUCUUGAUGAUUUAAUGCCACUAAUGAGUAAUAACUAAAUAAAUGAUAACGGCAGUGUACCACCAAGCAAGGUGUAAAGGUAGGGUGGGGCAGAAGUGGUCAUAGCCCCCAGGCCCACAGGUUCAUUAUGUCAUAAUUCAUGAAAUAUACAAUUUGCAUAGUAUAUGGGUAUGAAAAACAUAAAAAUGUAAUCUAGCCUUGAAUAUGACACUUGUUUUAAGCGUCAAGUAGGAAAUAAAUAAUGCUUAUUGUAAAAUGAAACAAAAUAAAUUGCAUUUUCAUUUCACUUUUCAUCAAAAUGCAUUUCACCGUUCCGAUUACUGACAAUUUUCGAACCGAACCGAACAUCACUAAAUAUUUCACUUGUCAUUUUUACGUUUGAAAUACUUCAAAGAUGAAAUAUUAAGUGGUGAGUAUCGGCAACAUAAGUCGAUAUUUUUCUUCAAAACUGAUAUUUGAUCCAUUAUUACGGAGAAAACCAUAUAAUGUCUUUAGAACGUAAUGAAACAUCCGGUCCUUAAUUCAACCGAUAUAUUGAUUGAUUUUAAUAUUGUCUCACUGAUUUUAAUUUAAAUGAUUGGUUAUCGGUUUUAUAUCGGUAUAACAAACAUCAGGUUAUCGGAUAUCGGGAAAAAAGUCAUAUCGACUCAAUAAUUAUAAAUAUUUCAAUGAAAUACUGAAAAAUACAAUUUUUCCUCUCGAAUUAUUUGUUUGCUACGUUUGUCCUUGUAAUUUCUUUCAGUUAUAACAGCAUAAAUAGUUGCAAUAUAUGGAUUCGUUUUAAACUUAAUUUACAAUAUUAUAUCCAAUAUUUUAUCAAAAUAUAUUGGCCUUGUGCAGUAACAAACACAUAUCUAAUUAUAAUGUUAAUAUUUUAUACAGUUCAUUUGUGUGUUCUAUAUGAAUUAUUAAAAACCAAAAAUUACCAUGAAGAUUUGUUUACGUUAUUUUUUCAUAUGACAUAGGUGUAUAGUGGUGAAUACAUGGUAAAAUAUCAAUUAAAUGCUAACAAAUCAGUUACAAUUUAUUAAUAAUACAAUAUCUGAAAGCAGUAAGAAUUUUUCAAAACAUAACUAUUCAUAUUUUAUUACUAGGAAUUAUUAUUAUUAUACACGCAGUUAUUGUCAAAUAUAUAUCUCCAAAUAUGUCUGUCUAUACUCUAAAGGCUAGAACCUCAGCCCCCCCUCCUUUUUUUUUAACUCAGUUAACCUGUGUUCCCAGCCAGACGGGGCCCUGCAGUAUAUUAUACAAACGGAAAAUAUUAUGUGUUAUAAUAUGUAUUACUACAUAAUACAUUUAUACUCGGAUAAAAUAAUGUUGAAAUGACGACAAGAUUGCAGCUGGUGUGAGUUUUCGGGCCACUGCUUCCGUGCGCGCAACGUUUUGAAUACGGAUAAAUUAAUUAUUAUUGUUUUAAGUUGGUUGCAUAGUACAUCGGGCGAAACAAAAACUUUUUCCCCGUCCAUUAUGUGACUUUUCGUUACAGCUCUUGUUCUUAAAACAUUAUAUUAUUAUAUAACAUUUUGAAUAUUAAUCUGCAGUAUUCGAAAAAUAUGAUUACGCUGGAAUUUUUAAUUUAUACAUAUUAUAUAUAUAACACGAUGUUUAAAACCACUCUUCUCCUCGUCAGCUAUACUUUACUGGUAUACUUAUAUUAUACUCGAAACUAUGGCGUUUUAAACAAAGUAAUACAUUAACGUAUUAUUAUAAACAUCUCCACCCCACGUCACCGGGAUAGGAAAAAAAACAAGUACCUAUUAUAGUACCCCAUAUAGUACCUAUUAAAUGAUACUAUACUGGAUGAUUUUGUAAUCAUGAACCAGCAAUAAUUCACUAAAAAUCUCAGAGGAUUUUAUGUGAAUUUGAUUUCUGUUUAUCUUAAGCUUUAUUUUAAAACCAUUUUAAUUUUUUACCCCUACUCCAUAUACCUUAAAUAAGUGCAUGCUUUUGAUUUUAAAACAGGAACCCCCUUUUUUGAACACAGAUUACAAUAAAGAAUAUUUUUCUAGACAUUUUUAUAUGCAUAACACUAAUAUCAGAGUUACCGUUUAUGAGUUAUAAUAGUUUAUAGUUUAGACCGGAGGAGUAGGGAAGGGUUAUAUAUAGGCAAUUCAUUAUCAUUCCCUAUUCCUUCGGUCUAAACUUUAAACUAUUAUAACUCAGUAAAUGUGCACUUAUUUAAGGUAUAUAGAUUAGGGGUAAAAAAUUAAAAAUGGUUUUAGAAUAAAGCUUAUAAUGUGUAAAACAAAUAUAUUCCUUUUUUUAACACGUGGUUUUUUUUUUUUUUUUUUUGAUUCACUUUUUCUUCUACUUGCUUUUUUCCCUAAACUACAUGCUACCACGAGAAUGAUAAAAGAAACGAAAAAUUUGAUUUUAUUGGAUUCACUAUGCGUAGUUUGGUAGCACGAAAGAUGACGUGAUAAUCGGUAAAAAUAACCGCGAUUGCACGCUAAUGAUUUAUUAUAAUAGCAUAAAUAAAACAACCUAAUAGUAAAUCCUUGUACUCAAAAAAUCUUUCGGGCUAUACUUACCCACAACAAGGAUUUUUAUGGAGAAACGUGAAAUAAAUAUCUAGUGUAUGCAUCAGCUGAAAAAUAUCUACUUACGGUAAUUCGAUAAUUUAUUUACUACAUUAGCUACUGUUAUUCUGAUUUACCACCAUUUUUAUUUAAACUUUUUUUUUUAUAACAUCGGUUUUGGUAAUCAAUAUUACUAUAAGGUAUAUAUAAUUUGCUCUACACUUGAAUACGCUAUGAGUACAGCAGUGAUCGUGUAUUGAAAUUACAAUCUUCCAUUUAAAAAAAAAAAAAAAAAACGUAUAAAGAUGAAAGAGGAUAUCUUUCAUCAUAUUUCAAUUUCAAAUCGCCUGCACUAGAAUAAGUCGACCGAUACCAUCAAUACGUUAUCAAAACUUAUUUCCAUGGCUAUAUGACUUAAAAAAAUCUAUAAGCGGGCAACGGACUAAGACAAAUGAAGUUUGAAUAAUAAGAACUACUAUCCUGCAUCACUGGCCGCAUUCUAUGUGGCUUAACCUUUUAAAAACGAGUUUAUAAAUGCGAAAUAACAAUUUAUAGGGUUUACUGUUACCGUCUAUAUACUUAUAACGAUAACGUUUCAAUCACUCGGUAAAUACUGACGCGUGAAUCAAUAUAAUCACUGUGUGCACUUAUCGUUAAGAGUUAAUGAAUUGUCGUAUAUGUCAUCCCCUCCUCGCGAUUUAUUGUUCAGGACUCGGAUGUGAUUUUCACUAUUGAUUUUCUGAUUUCUAUCUGAUAUUCACCGUCAUUGGCACAAGUGUCCUUUUAUAAGUAUAUAGGUAUACCCUAUAUAAUAUAUAUAUAUACAAUGAAACCCAUAAAUACCGGACACUCUUGGUCGCUGAAAUUUUGUCCGCUGUUCAGAGGUGUCCGUUAUUUAGAGGGAUAAAUUGUAUUUUUAUUAAAACAAUUAAUUAAAUAAAUUUUAUUUUUACAUUAAUUAAAUACAUCUUUAAGUUACAACAUUUUAUCGACGCAUUAAUAUAUCAACGACUGGACGGAUAAUAGAAGUUAUACGUCGUGUACAGUAUAAUAAUGUAUAUUUUAUACAGCAUUAAAAGAUAACUUAAUAGUGUAAACUUGCAUUGUUGUUUUAUUUAUUGUGUUCUACAAUUAUUCUUAAUUUACGAUGAAAAUGAUCAAUAUUGAUGCUAAAAAGUGUCCCGUUAUAUAGAGGUUUUUCCUGUACAUAAAUAUUGAAAAUGUUCCCGUUCCUGAAAAAAAUUCCGCUAUUUUGAGGUGUCUGCUAUUUAGAGGUUCCGUUAAAGGAGGGUUAACUGUAUACCGAAAAUCCCCAAAAUCUCAUAAUAUGCCAAACGUUUCGAUUGUUUCGAGCGUAAAAUAACGACGGUAAAUACGUAUUUCGAAUUAUUUUAAUUACGUAUUAGAAAAUUAAACGUACGGUCGGUUAAUAUUCAACAUUGCACUUGUUUUUCUAAAAUACUCACCUAAGUACAUUAUUGCAAAAUAUUCACCGAUAAUAUUUUGAUUUUUCACGGCAAAGUGGUAUGUACGAUUUUAUACAGAAAAAUGGCGACUAUAUUAUAUUUAUUAUAAAUAUUGCAUUUUUCACGGCAGGUACUUUCGAAAAAUAUCUUCGUUAUGAAUAACCAACGCACCAACCGUUGCACCCUCAGUAUAUAGGUUUCUGGUAGUAGAUGCCAACUGCGCAGGUAGGUGUACAAACUUGUUCGCGAUCAUGUGAAAACGUUAUAUCAAAUAAUUUCCACCAAAUAUUAUUUCGCGCGUAAUUCGGUAUAAUGGCUCGCUGAACUUGUAUAAGACUUUUACAAAUAAUAAUAUAUAUAAUGCUGAUAGUAUUAUAUUGCGUUUCUUUCGUGGCGUAAACUAUAUAAUUUUAGAUUCUGAGUGUAGCGAAGAAGUAAUUACAGUUUUACUAAAACUGUACUUGUGUACGUGUGCGUGUGUAUGUUCAUUUCUCGGAAAACAUGGAUUAGUAAAAAUGCUGAGGUUUUCCACACCUUGUGUUCAUUUUAUACCAGUUGAUACUUUAUUUCAAACAUUUUUCCCAAUUCGCAAAUAUAAUGGCCUGCCCAUGGUGCGAACUGCGUCUGGAUUUUUAUUGUUGGCUAACUUACUGUAUAUUAUAUACGCAUAUACCUACUAACAUAUAGUAAGAGAAAUAUAUUUACACGGUCAUAAAGAUUACAACGUUCGUACGUAAAACUUUUAACUAUUAUCAUGCUCGCACUUAUUAGACAUGAAUUAAUUGUGAUAUUGUAAUAGAUGGUGUAAAGCGUAUUUCAUGGGGCGUAGUCUUUCUUUUUUUUUUUUUUAUCGUAAAAUUCAUUUACUGUAAUCGAAGUUUUAAAGUAUAAUAUCAUUGCAUUUUCGUCAUAAAUAAAAAGUAAACUGUUUGACUUUUUUUAUCUGGUACUUAUUACUGCAAUCCAAUGCGAUAUUCAAACGAUUUGUCUGUUCACGAGACGUAUUACCCAUACCCAUAUUAGGCAACUCAUUUUUGUUAACGCGCAAUAUUUGUUGUUUUCAACGAAAAUACGAAUAAAUUACGGUAUAACAUAAAAAUAACGUCAAAUUAAAAAAUAUAUAAAAUGUAUAUUAAUGAAAUAUAAUUUUAUUAUUUCAACCGUGUGAAAACCGCGUUUCUAAAAGUUGAUAAUUAGGUUGAUCAUAAACAAAAUUAAGACGGACAUAUUUCGCACCAUUGGUAGGUCACUGUUCUAGUUGGGAAAUUUGAAAGGAUUAGAAUUUAGGGUAAUUUAGUUUAUGUUUUGAAAACAAAGAUAAAUCAUUGCAAUCAGAAAAACUAUUUUCGAAGCGAAGUGGCAUUAGUCAUAUUUUCUCAGGUGAAUUUCUCUUGUAACAAAGUAAUCCGAAAAUCGACAAAUAUAACAAAAUAAAACCAUCCAUUAUGUGUAUUGACAUAUUAAUAUCAUAUGGUUAUCUGUAAGGCGUUUUAAUUUUUUAGAAAUAUUAUCAUCACAAUUUUUAUGAUUUUAAUUUUAAUUUUAGGCGUUAUAUCUGAAAAGCAACGAGAGAACCAGAUAAAAGUUUCUCUGAUAUAACACCCAAAUUAAGAACAUGUAAGUUCAUAAUAAUCGUAUGCUAAAUAAUGACGUCGGAAAAAGCCCGAAUAGUUUAAUUAAAUCCCCAGGGUGAGGGGAUUUCGAUGUACCAGGCCAACACUGUAUCUUAUCAAAACUGAAAUAGAUUUCUUUCACUAUACUCAGAAUCUAAAAAAAAUAAAACAGGCCAAGCUUAAAUAAUCAAUGUGUAAUAUUUUCAUAAAUUACAAACUCUUACAUAUUACAAUCAUUUUUACAAGUCUGCAGUCUAAUGUUGAUUUCGGAACGCCUUGAGUGUUCAUCGUCCGUGUUCUGAUAAUCCUUUUUUAUGGAUCUUAUUUCAGAGAUUUCAUUUUAUUCAAAUCUCGAGCCUCGUAAGUACUAUUAUUAUGGACACGCAUAAAUAAUAAAUACAGAUUAUUUUCUUAAUUAUUUUGAUUGUAUUCGAUGCUGUUUCUAUAGCCGUUGGCCCUUAAAACUCAUUCAGUGGUGUAAAAACUUAACAAAAAAAAAAACAUUUACAUUCGAAAUGUUAAAAUGAUAUAACAAUAAUAUAAUACUUGAAUAUCACUUUGAAACCAAUCGAUUAUAGUUUUCUUAAAACAAAAUAAAAAAUACUGGAACUUAUAAUUGUUAUUUGUUUGUCCGCGGAUCGCCCAAUCGUGGACUUUCCGGGAUGGUUUUUACGAUACGAUUUCACAACCGGAUGAGAGUGGAUUAAAAAUCGGACGGAGGAAUGAAAAUCAUUUUGACAAUGUUAAUGGUUUUUGUUUACUGCCAAACCUAAACUUAAUCGAAUCUGACGGAAUAAAGUUUAUUUUGAUCGAAAUAAUACAUAGUAUACCUAUUAUAUAAAAUAUAAUAUUAUGUUGUCACAAAACCACUUUACGUCCCUAGUCAAUUUCUUAGAUUGGACAUCAAUUUGCAAGAAGAAAAAAUUGGAUUUUUAUGAUUUGUUCACUGUCCGGUAUUUUAUUAUUAUUAUUCAUAAAAUACCAUGUAUAAAUAAUAAUAUAUUUUAUACGAGUAUAUACAUAAACAUACCAAAUUUCCUAGAGAUACGGAUUUUAAAAAGCUUUUAAAAAUCCUCACUCAAAACCCAUAAACAACUCGUCGUCGUGCAAUAUGUACACCAUAAUAUAGUACCCUAUUUGAUGGACCAGUAAAGAAAUGUUCAAAGUAAGUGACGCCAGCCAUCUGCAGCUGCGGAUCACCACCUUUCGAAUGACAUCCACGAUCAAGUCUAAGUCACAUAAUACCUGUAACUACUACAAAAAAAAAAUAAAUACAUUUUCAUAAAACGCUCGCUUCCGUGUUUACGCGCAAUGGAUACUCAAAAUGAAAUAUUUUCGCGUUUUUUGCCAACUUAUAAAAUAUAAAUAUUUAUCGUCGAAUUUAGCCACUCGACUCCAACCACUAUCAAACCUUCUUCUUCCCUCGUCCUUGCAACUGUGUCCUAAAUUCAAAUAUAUAGUUAUUACUUACGUUAUGGAUAUAUCGAGCUGAAACUGCAUCAAUGUUUCUAUCACAGAUCGUUUUAAAAUUAAUUUUUACUACUUAUAAGGACCAAUAGAAAAUGAUUUGUCCCGAGACUUUGUUUGAAUUCUGAUUCUAUGUAAUUUCAUCGUCGUUUUUUAAUAUUUUUGUCCAAGCUUAUUUCUAUAUAGCUGGCAAGAGAGCCAGUUCCCCCCCCCCCACCAGAAACAUUUUCCACCAAAGUAUUUUUAAAACAAAAUAUAUUAAAUAUGAAUUAACGUUCUCUUUUUAUUGUAGAUUGAUGGACCUUGGGCUAUUCAUCCCCCUUGAAACUCAUCUAAGUACCCCCCCCCCCAACAAAGCAAAUACUUAAUACAUAAAAUCAAUAUUAUGGAGGCUUAAGUCCACACCAAAAUAUUUGAGCUUUUUGCGCCUAAAAUGAUUUUGAUUAAAGUUUAUUGCUUUCAAAAAUCGCUGCCUCCCCUAUCUAGAGGAUCUGCACACACUUAUUAUGCUAAUGAAAGAAGUAUGAAACGUUAAAUUCUAAAUAUUAUUUAACUAAAUACUAAAUCAAAGGUUACGUUUGAAAACUUUUGUUUGAUAAAAAACAAAUGCAAUUUAUUAGAAAACCAAUUAUAACGCGUAUAGUUGUAUUUUAAACAUUCAUUAACACCUCAUUUCAGAUUCUGAGUGAAGAAAAGUCUAAGAAAAGAAAUUAAUAAAAAAAAAAAGAAGAAAAAAGAGAUGAUACUAGGUAUGAGAUCGGCCACUGUUGUAAGUGAGAAGUUGGGAAGGUAGGAUAUAUAAAGUUAUUUCAUUUAUGUCUGUAAUCAACAAUAAACCAUUACUUGACGAAAGACGAUUCCGAGCGCAAUUCGGUAAUUCAUAAUUUGAAGUGCCGUAAUUUUUUUGUUUGCGAUUUUCGUUUAAAUUUAUUUUCAAAACGCUUAUUAAAAAAAAAAGUCCGAUAUUUUUGGACACUUUCUACCACGUCUAGGUAAGUCCAAUAUAAGUAUUAUUACCAAGUUUCAAGUCUCUUCAUAUAUUUAUAACCGAAUUACAGCAAAAAAUUCCCAAAAAUUAAAAUUCCUUAAAAACUCAAAAAUGUUGGCGAUGAUACCAUAAGAAAGUAAAUAAAAAGGACAACAAAAAAAAUUGUCUUGUGAUUUUUCGAUUAAAUUAUUUUUUCUGGUAGAAAACGUUUUCCGUAUUUUUAUAAAAUAAUAAAAUCGUGAAAUUGUAUGUUUUUCCGCGUUUUUAUCCCACUUGAGUGUUUUUAUUUAAAAAAAUCAAAAUCGAAAAUCAAAAAAAUUACUUGUUUAAAGUACCAUCUAAACAACUUGAGCUUUCAGAAAAGUUGUCCCCGCGUAAAAAUCGGAACAAGUUUACUAGGAAAAAACGUGUUCACAAACUAGAACAAAGACAAAAAAUAACAGCGUUGUAAAACCAAUAACUUCUUCUCUACGCUCGGAAUCUAAAAUGAUUAUUAGUUAUGACAAAUUGAAAAUAUUGUUUUUCCAAUAAAUUAUGGAUGAUGCGAACUUUCGUCAACGCGGAUUAUUAAUUAUAAUAAUAUUGUGUUCUAGAAAAUAAUACAACGCAGUCAUUUGAAAUAUUAUUCUAAAGCAAAACACGAUAAAUCAUUAUUGUGUUCCGAUGACUAUUACAUUAUUAUCAUGCUCCAAGAUGCGAUUUAAAAAUUAAAACGCUCGCCUUAUAAAUUACUUCGUUGCGAUCAUUCUCGUACGGAUUUGCUCGGGUCGUACAGAAAAACAGGCAGUAUAAAAAACGAACGAAUCUUGGUAUAUCGCUUAUCGAUGUCCAAAUAUCCGUAUGAUGUUAUUUGACAUAUAUUUUUGUGAUAAUGAUAAUCACUGUUCAUUAGUUAUAUUAUAGAAAACUGCAGUAAUAGCUCUCUCGCCCAGUCCGAUAUCAUAUGGCGUACAGUAACAUAUCAUAAUGAAUAAACGUCGAAUAUACUCUGCGUGUCGGUACACACUGAUUGUGCAGUUUCGAGUUGCCGAAAACAACGAACUAAACAAUCUGGAAAAGUGUUACGACAAGAAGAAAAUAUUUCAAUAAAUGUUUAGACGAUUUCAAUUUCGAUUCCAAGAGACACAUCGUAAUUCACAAACGCAAUACUGUUUGCGCGUAAUAAUAAUUACAUUAGAAAUGAACUUCGCACCCGUGUAUAAUUUGUAUUCGUUUGAGUAUCAUUCAACUACAGGGACUUUAUAUGAUAUGUACAAAACGUUAUUUAUCGGUAUUCUCGAGCAGAAUAAUUUGUACCUAUUUGUAUUCUAUUUUAUUUUAUGUUUAUUUUAUGUUUAAAUAUUUUAUUGUUUUUCUGAACAUUACAAUCGAUUCAUUCGAUUAUGAUAAUAAUAAAAAAAUCUAGCGGUAUACCGAAAAUUCAUUCAUUUUUAACACAUAUUUUAUAUUUAUAUUUUUGUUGUCAUUAUUAUUAUUUUAAAUUCUGAGUAUAGCGAAUAAUCCAUUACUUUAACUAAGAUCCUAUUGAGUGUUUUUCUCAGCAAACACUUUUUCUAUAAGUGAGAAUACUCCGGUUUUAUAUUUUUACAUUACGUUUUAUUUAUUGAUUUAAAAUCAACUUUUUAAUACUACAAAACAAUUAAUACACCUUUUUAUUUUUGUAAUACUUACAAUUUUAUUUAAAAAUUUGUGUUAAUCAUUUUUGAAUUAUUCGACAAUUGUAUUUUAUAAGUUAAAGCCCUUAGAGUGGGGACUUUUAAAACUUCCAUUUUUCGUUGUUCUUUUUUAGUGCGUUUUCAGGUGUUUUUUAAUGUUUUUAAUCGCUUUUUUGUGGAUUUUGGAUGCAUAAAAUACCAAGUCCUAAUCAUAAGAGAUAAAAGUCGGACACCAACUGCCUACAGCGCACCCUACCGGGCUGGACAUCACUGUUGUAAAAAAGUCAUACACCUCUACAUAGAUGAGAGGGUGUUACUAACAAACUAACACUGUUUUAGUUGUUCACCUUAUAAAUCCAUCGUGGGCCUAUCCAUAAGUGUCUAAUAUCUAGUAACUACAUUUUCCAAAAAUCAUAUUUAACUAUUUCAACGGGGAUAAAAAAACUCGUACCCGGGGAUUUGAAUAUCAUAUUAUACAGGCAUUCGAUAUACACACAUAUACUAUUGAUAUUUAAAUUCGUCAAAGAGAUUGAAAAAUCAGUCGACUUGUUUACGACUUUACGGCACGUCUGUAUAUAAAUAUAUGUCUAUAAUAUGUACUUUUAACGUGACAACUCGAAAUUGGCAAUUUCACUACCGGCUUUGUACUAUUGCACGCCCGCUUAUAUCUACAACAUCUAAUACGUUUUUUUUCCUAUUUUCCCCAUCCAAUGUCACUAUACGUAUAAUAAUAAUGAAGCGAAUAGACUUUUAAUUUAAAUUUUAAGUGCCGAAUUCGAUUUAUUUUAAUCGUUUUUUUUUUUUUUUAGUGAUCGACUUUAUUCGGCGUACAAUUUAAGGGUUUUAAUAUUUCAAUUCAAUUUCACGACGAGUAAAACACUAUUAUCUGGAUAAUCUGCAGGGCUUUAUAUUUAUAAUAUAUAGCUGUAUAGUUGCAGAUAGCCAAUUUUUUAGACGACGACGAGCUUGUAGACGAAUAAGUGUUAUAAUGUAUUUUGAUUUUGUUAUUUUUAACUGGUUUGUGCUAAGGGAUACAGGUUUUAAAUUUUAGAUGCUUUUGACUUUGGCGAGAGUUUUAGAGGAUCGAUUUCUUGUUUUUUCGACAAUAUCAUUUGAUAUAUCGUGUAUAUUUACUAACAUAGUUAUGUUAACUAAUUUAUUAAUAAUUAUAAACAUGUCUGAAUAGUUAAUUCAGUUUGUAAUACUACCUCGUGUUUACGAAGUGUAGUUAUUAUAAAACAGUACUCGUUGUUUAAACUAGGUAAGUAAAAUGCAUAGAAUAUUAUAGUAGUAUUACAUUGUUCAUGAAACAGUAAAAAAAAAAAAAAAAAAAAUACAAAAAUUAACCAAAAACAAAAGGAGAUUAACUAUAUUAUGGGAAAUAUAAUCGUGCAAAACCUUUCAUGUUUUUUUUUUUUUUUUUUAAUACAGUUGUUUCAUUUGUUUUUCUAGUCACAUAUCUCACGUUGUAACUAUAUAUAUAUAUAUAUCUACUUAUUAUUUAUGUACUUAUAAAUAUUUAUUAUUGUAUAUAAUUGAAACACGCAAAAAUAUCAAAUACGCAAGUCAAACAAAUUAAAAUAAUUUAAUAAUAAUAAUCGAUUCUAUAUAAUUAUAUAGACAUGUAUAUUGUUUUAAAAAAUUAAAACCAUUAGUUAAAUGUAAAAUGCUUAAAAUUGAAAAGAGCCAGAAUAUUUUGAAAAAUCAACUACAUUUAAAAUAGGCUAAUAUAAGACGUAGUCUGUUAACAUUUUAACUGAAUAAUAAUAAUUGAAAAAAUAACAAAACUGGUAUUUACGUAAACUUUCUAGUUUUUCCCAAUCAUUAUGAAAACUAUAAGAAAACCGAAAAACAAAAAAUUACUUAUUCAUCAACUGCACCUAAAAUAAAAAAAUAAGAUCUUUCGCUAUUUUUCGAUUGGAGCAAGUUUUCUUGUAGAAAAGUUGUUUACGGAUACAAAAAAAAAAAUGAAUAAAAUUAUAAAACACACAUCAUGGUAUAACCAAUACGUUCCUCGACUCUGCUCAAAAUCUAAAAUGUAUUUUCAUUUCUGACGAGAAAACGAAAUAUAUUUUUUUUUAUCUCUAGGAUUUUACAAUAAUAAAAUAUUAUAUUUUCUUAGUCUUAUGUAACACGAGUACUGAGAAGAUUAACACAUUGCUCUCGGGUGUCAGUAUGUUUAUUCGUACGUUUGAUUAUUUUUAAGUAGUUUAUCUAAAAAACAAAAUAACGACUUGCCGUGUACCCUUAUUAUUAUGACGACUCGUAAUUUUCAACAAAAUCGAUUCUUUGCAGGUCGGAAAAUGUUUCAAAAUUAUUCUUUAAACCGGCGCUAUAAUAACCGAAUAUCAACAAAAAUAAUUUUUUUUUCCAUUUAUCAUAGGCGUAUGCAUAUACAGUACUUAAAGUAUACUUAAAUGAUAUGUAAGUAAAUAUAAGAACUAUAUUAAAAUGUUCAAAGCAUUUUUAUCGUUCUUCCUACAAUUACCCGCAGUAGUAUUUUAACAGUUUAAACACACUUCAUUUACUUUUACUGAACAAUUGUUCGUUAUAAUGUUUUGUUUUCUAAACAAUAACAUGGUCAGUUAAAUCAUUUUACAUAUUUCAGUGGUAUUAUGAGUAGCCUACUUAUAAUACCAAGUAUAACAACGAAAUAUUGCGCCCGUUGAGAAGCUUUAAAACGUGCUCUUGUGAACUAUAACUAAUAACGGGAACUCAAGGCUGAAAGAUUUGUACAAACUUUACUGUAAUAUAACAGAAAUACAAAAGAAAAUAAUAAUAAGGGUAAAACAGAGGGGCAUAAAGGGGUUAUGCGAAUGGUUAGAUCUAUGUUGGAUUAUAAAUAUAAUAUGAUACGUGUUGUAUUAUAAUAAUACUAUUUUGUACAUUGAACGUAAGAUUAUGUAUACCGCGAGCGCGCAGCGGUCUAUCUAUCGAUAGGAUAUUCGAGGGCAGUGAUGCCACUGUACGCAGUCGGCCGGAUAUGACCCUGAAUAAAUCCGUAAUGUAAUAUGUUAUAAAAUUAUAAUAGUAAAAAACACGGUUCUUGAUUGUCUAUUCGUUUGAUAUUUAACGUAUACAAAUUAUAUCUGUGUGAAUACGUAUUGUAUUUGCAAACGGUGGUUAUAACCUGCCAUUAAGAGAAACCUCAUUAAAUCCCUGUUAAAAUUAAAUUCCUUAAUUAAUUUCAUAUUAUACAAAAAUGUGACAGGUAUCACUUACCUUAGUAAUCUGCUAAAAAUGCACAAGAAGAUCGUUGAUCACAAUGUGAGGAACAAAGUAUAAAGAGGUAUAGUUAUCGAUGAAUCGUGGUUUUUUUUAUUUUUUAUUUUUUUGAGUAAUCCUUAUUUAAAUAGUUCAGUGAAAACUAUUUUUUUUUUUGUAAGUUAUCAUUGUACUGAGUUUUCUACAAUAAAAAUAGUUGUAAUGGAUAUUAAAAGUUGAAACAAGAAAAAGACAUAUCUCUGGUACUCAUACCAAGCAUGUACAAAAUUUCAUUUUCAUGGCUUUAUUUGAAAGUCUGUAGGGGUGUACAAUGUUGAGAUAAUUUGAUCCAUAGGAAGCCGCUUAACAUUCUCCAACAUUACUAUAAAAGAAGAUAUAUGUAUAAAGGUAUAUAAAACAGAUACAAACCAGGUCAAUGUCUUUUUUUUUUCAGGGAUAUUUCGAUAACAAACAUAUACACUUCAUAUGUUACAGAUAUAAUUGGUGACGAGAGAAUAUUUUACAAAUAUAAUCAUUGCUUAAAUCUUGAUGGGUUUUCUUCGAUUAACUCCAUGUCAACAAAUAUAAUGCAUUGAUACAAUUUCAAUAACAAAUAAGAAAAUAACAGAGGCACAGUAAAACAGAUAAACAUACUUCGCACGAUGGAUGAACACUGUUAUGGGUGAGAAGUUAAGAAGAUAGAAUAUAGAAGAGAAUUUAAUGGAUAUCUGUACGCAAUGAUUAAUCAUUACUAACAAAAAACGAUUCUUAAUUCGGUUAUAUAUGCUUAAAUGGCCGUAAUAUUUACGAUUUUCAUCAAAAUUUGAUACUAAAAUUCUUAUAAAAAAAAAAUAUAUAUAUAUAUAUGUAUUAAAUUUAAUUAACUUAAUUUAAACUCAACUUUUCUUGUAAACCACUAAGUACAUCAUAUAAUGAACCUCCAGUUAAAUUUCCAAGCAUUUCUGUUUGAUCUAACCAUUUUAUCCAUAAAGUACCUACCGAAUAAAUAUUACGUAAAAAAACUCGUAACAUUUUUUUUUUUAUAUUAAACCUCGGUAACUAUGGCCAUUGGCAUACAAAUAUUAGUGAUUAUAAACUAUUGAUUAUAUUGGUCUUGAUAAUGAAGUUGAUCAUGUGACUUAUGUUGUCUGGGUGAAGCACUUCUGCCAUAAUAUUUGAUACCCCAACUUCCUGUCUGUCCAUUUUAAAUGAACGGCAUUCGGAUACAAUGUGAUUGAUUGAGAGUAGUGUAUCACAGCUAGCAGAUAUGGGUGGGUCUUCCUUCUUCAUCAGAUACUGGUGGGUUAGCGACGGGUAUCCAAUUCGUAUUCUAUUGAUUGAUGUUUCCAUUUUCCUUGAAAGGUUCGGUGGGGAGGGCUAUGCAAGGAUAGUAUUUUUGAUUUCGUUUAAUUUUGAGGAGCCUUGUUUCCAUUCCCGUAGACAUAAGUUGGUCGAGAUUAUUUUUGAUAUGAAUUUAGCGUCGUGUAGGGUAAAACAGUUGAGUAUGAUAGCAUCAGAGGAGGUUAUUGCUUGGCGUGCUUUUUCGUCAGCUCUUUCGUUUCCUGAAAUUUGGAUGUGAUUGAUUUAGGGAUCCAUAUAAAGAUGGUUGAGUAGCCGGAAUGAGUAAGGUCGAUGAGUUGAUUUUGGAUUUUCCUGGCGAUUUAAAACAAAACCGAUAAAAAUUGGAGUACGCUUACUAGGAAAAAUCGUGUUCACAGACUAAAACAAAGAAAUAAAAUAACAGCAUUGUAAAACCAAUAACUCCUUCUCUACGCUCGGAAUCUAAAAAUUAAUAUUAUAUUGUUGAGGAAACUUACAAAUUAUUACAUUCAUAACAAACCAUCAGGAAAACUGUAUUUUAUUUUUCUUUUUUCGCAUACCUAUCCAUAGAUACACAAAGAUUUUGAUAAGGGGUUUCGACGAAAUCGGACAAAGUGAGCGGGCCAACUUUAGAAUUAUGAGUACUCGUAUCGUAUUUUACAUAGUACAUAGUCAUUUUAUAUAUUACACUACAAUCUGAUGUAAAUUUUAAUAAUCUCAUAAAUCAUUGUUGAAUUUGUUGUUUGUUGUUUUUUUUACUUAAUAUUUAUUGGUUUUAGGGUAUUUUUGCGCCCCUACCCCCCCCCCCGAGGUAUUACACCCGGAUAAAUUUCGAAUAAUGUAAAACUACGUAUAUUAAUCUUAUUAAAGAAUAACACAAAGAUGCCAUUGAAUAAAAUAUUUCGUUAGAUACUUUAAUAUUAUUAUCAUUCUAUCAAUGUCAACUUAACCGUAAUGGUAUUACGAAAGAUAUAAAAGUUCACAUGGAUGUGAUAGUAUCAUAUUCCUUUCUGAAUUUACAAUAUACAUAUAAAGGUAAUAUGUAAAGUACGAAUUUCAUAUUUGUUUGGCAUUAUACUGGUAAGUUAACGGAACUUGACGGAAAGAUUUAAGUAAUAUUGAAAAAGAUAAAAGUAUUAAACAAAAUAUUUCAAAAUUAUUUUCCGAUUGUUCUGCACAGUAGGAUUGUCCCUCAGGAUUUUAAGGAUUUCUGAUUGUUGAAAGUGCAUAUAUCCAUCACCCACCCUGUCGUAGGCAAACUAUUUGACCACCCUGGACAAUGGUAGACAAGAUUUUCGAUUUUUAUACUUUAAAAUGUGACCUAACCGAAGGUUUCUUUUGUCUUUUAACCCUACCUUUAUUCACAUCCGACGUGGUUUUUCAGCUACUAAAGGUUUUAAGUUCGCAUUUAAAACAUUCAAUUUUUUGAAGCAGCACCAGGUUUGGAGUUUGAACCAGAUUUGUAUGGUUCGAAGUCGGGAUACCUGGAUCUCGAUUUUUACAUUUUUCUCAUCAUCCCAGGUCGAGUAGUCUUAAGACGCCUACGAUAGUAUGAUAAAAGUUCAAGACUUAUUUCUGUGAAGGUGGCAAAUUUUAAGGUAAAAAUUGUGUCUUGCAAUAUUCAUUUGGUACGUAUAAUAGUUUUUCUCUAAAGGGAAAGGCAAAUUCCCUCCUGUCAAAAUCAAAUGAACAAUUUCCUUUUGACGUAUCUACAGUUACCCAGCAAGAGAGCACGCCGCUGUCUGACGAAAGUCGAAUACUACUGAAACCCGAUAAACAUGCUCUGAAAUAGCAUAGAAUGUAUUGGGCAUUGCUACAUCAACGAACAAUAAUAAAUACACCAACCGGGAAGAAACGUUUUUCAUGGCUCGGUAAUCAUAGCGAACGAGUGUCACUUCUAUAUUGUUCAUUGAUAAUGUCUAAUCGUACUUAAUGAUGAACUAAAUCCAAGGUCUAUACACUAUUGAUCAAGAAAGACUGAGACGAACAUGGGCUAUUUUACACAUUAAAAAACUUUCAAAAUCAAUACGAUUAUUAAUCAGUUUAAUACAGACUCAACACAAAGAGGGAGAAAACUUCAAUUAAUAUAAAUAAAUAUUUAAUUUUAAUUUUAAUAAUUGACUGGUUAUAUUUUUAAUACUAUUUAAAUUAUCAACCAUAUAUUUUAAUCGUCAUGUUGUUAUAAAGUCUUUAGGUAUACUGACAUAACAUAAAGUAUAUCCACCUCUCCCAACCAUACAAAUUACCCAAAAUACGCCUUUUAUUAAUUUUUAAUUAGACUUCACGUAACGAUGUCGGAUCAUAAUGAGGUGCCGUCUCGAAUCGAAGCGAAAUUCAUUAUAGAUAUUAUUAUUAUCGUUGAACACACGAAAUAAACCAGGUGAUCAAUUUAAGUGGAUACACUCAUUAUCUUAUUAUUAAGUAUUAACUUUUUCCGAAAUUUGUUUUCUUGAACAUUUAAGAAACAAGCUGCUCUACAAUUUUUUUUUUUAUGUUAUUUUUCGUCAUCCUUAUUUUUGAGGGUAAAACCACGACCUACUUUUGAUUUGAAAAUGGAAAACUAUAUUAAAAAUAUCUACUCUCCUCCAACCCAAACAUACAAGUAAAAUAUCUCAUCAUUUACGAAAAUCAAAAAUGUCAACACUAAAAUGUAUUUUAACUAAUACUAUUUAUGGAAUUUAAUCACCUGGUACAUUUAUACAUUAUUAUUAUUUUAUACGCAACUAUAUAAAAAAGAUAACCGAAUCAAAUUUGUCAAUAUUACAAUACACAUUAUGAUACAUAUAAUAUAUAUAUCAAGUUAUUUCGAUGACUUUGGACUUGGAUUUCGUACAAAACUCCCACUUGAUUUUUAAACCAAAAAUUGAGGAUGUUACACCCACGCUCACACGCGCGUGCGCGCAAACUCUCAAGCCUCGUUCCGUUUUAUAGUAUAAUAAAGGCAUAUUUGAUAAUAUGUCGUUUAUUAUACGUCAUUCUUAAAAAUACACGUACACGCUUUGUUAGUUGCAUAAUUAUUACACUCGAUUUGAUACACGCGCUCCUCGUAUUUGGCAAAAAAAACUGCUCAGAAAAUCAUAAAUAUUGCUCACUACCUACAACCAGUCGUAAUUAUUAUUAUAUGGUAAUUAAUUUUAUGUAAGUAAAAAUAUGAAUAAUUAUUAUUAUACAUGCGCCGUCGCUCAUUUUGCUACGUACAAUGGGAAAAAUCCAAAUAAAAUAAAUAUGUAUAAUAAACACGGUUUUAAAAUUAUUGUUUCUCACCACUUGGUUUUUGUAUAGUUAUUGUUGAUUUUUACGUUGAACGAAACCGGAUAUAAUAGGUAUUGUAGCAAAAAACUGAGCGUCUACGGUCGACAAAAUACUAUUUAAAAAUUAUAUAAUAAGAAAUAGUAAUAGCAGUGUAUUACGCUAAAUUUGUUUUCUAUUAUUAUUCAUAGUGCGAAUUAUGAUGAAUCUCGAGGAAAAUAUUCAUAUAUUUAUAUUCGACCAAUACAAUUAAUUUAAAUAAUGGUUUUGUGUGGAACAAAUUGAUAAAAACUAAAUAAAAACUUUUAUACAGGUGUCCCACGAACAUAUUCCCACUGCAAUAUCUCCUGAGGUAAUAAAAAUAGUCAAAUUCUGUUAUUUUAUUUUUUAUAUAAAAUAUAUAUUAUCACUCUCAGGAAUAAGGGCUAUAAAUAUGUAUGUUACAAUUAAUUGUAACUUUUUAUUUUUGAAGAUUUUGAAGAUUUUCGAUUUUAAGGCUAUACAUUUAUAUAUUUCGCACCGAUACGCAGCCACAUUCUUACGGAGAUCUUAUUUAAAAGUAUAGCAAAUGUUUUAUUUGUUUAAUAAAGUAUAACACCCUACCCCCAAAAAAAAAAAAAACACUUUUAUAAAACAUCACCUGUUUCCGGUUUUUUUUUCGAUUUUGUAGCGAGAAAUAUAUUGGUUUAAUUACUAGGGGUCAUACAUAUUCCUUAAAUUAGUUUGAAAUUUGUGAAUAUAAUACAUUGAGCUCUUUCCCUGCAAGUGUCUAAUGGUGGUGAGGGAAAUGGUCGGUUUCAAGGAGAUACCCAUAGUUACAUUUUAUAAUAUGUUCCCCUCCCUCCGAGUGAAAAACAGUUCCUGCUCCACUGCCAAUAGCCAUUAGAUCUGUAUUCUAUAGUUUAAGGGUGAUAACGAUUGUAUUUCAUAUUUACUACAGUCAUCGUUAAACGUAUUUGUACUUCGUAUUAUUUACUCGUUGAGAUUUGGUGUAUUCUAUAUAGGUAGUUAGUAUUUAUUUCAAUAAAACUUUUAAAGUAUUUUGUUUAUCUAUGAUUUUACAUGGGAGAAAACGAGAAUUUUAUAGCCCGGUAAUCCGGUAUGUAACUAUAAUCGAGUAUUAAGUAUAGACACCAGUCGGCCAAGUACAGUUAAGAUAUAAUAUAAUUUAUACAAGUUUAACGAUAAUUUUAAAGUCGGUUUCAUAGCAAUACCGAUAAUAAUUAGUUCAUUUUGGUUAUAGUCGGUAUAAUUACACAGAUUAUGCUCUCGAAGACACUCUUUGAAAGUAAUCGGAAAUUAGUCGGUCUUGAUUUCGACAAGACAUGGUAAGGUAUUAUUAUUAUUAUUAUUGUUAUUCUUUUUUCUUUUUUUUUUUCUUUUUUUUUUGAUAUUUUGGCAAUCGGCCGAGCGAAUACACCAUUGUGAACAGAGUCCGCACAGUCACGGGUGUCCAACGAGCGAACUAAUCAUCCGAUCCAACGUUCCUAUAAAAUCACAAUAAUCAACCGUUUUUUGUGCCACAGAAUCUUGUAAUUUUUAAAUGCAAUAAAAUGUCUGUCUCUAUAAUAAAUUUACGAUAUAAUUUAUCCGAGACGCAUGACCUAAAAAUGUGUAUAAAAUAUACGAUCGACAAUAAUCGUAUCAAGCCCAUCAUAAAACUGUAAAAUAUUACGGUCGUAUAUUUUUUUCUUCAUGCUUCUUAAUUAAACUAAUAGUUCAAUUAAUUACGAUUUGAGUUUCACAUUAAGUUAUUAUAUUAAAGUAAUAUUUUAUAAAUAUUCUUAGGAAUUUUAUUAUUAAUAUCUACAUAUAUUUUUUACGAGUGUUUUAAUUUUAAGUAUUAUGACGUUAACCAUAUUAAAAAUAUUGUGAUUUUCACGAAUAUCGACGAUAUUAUAGUUUUGAAUUUAUGUCCAUUGCAUAUAAUAUAUAUAUAUAUAUCAUAUAUGACUUGAUAUUUGUACACAAGGUCAGUAAUAUUAAUAAUUAAAAACUAUGAAUUAUAAUAUAGCUAUGAUAUUACUAUAGGUAUGUAUUUUGAAAAUAAAUAUCACUAUAUCGUUUUUACUCGUUGCAACUUUUACGAUUUUCCGAAUAAAUUUCGGCUCGUAAAUUCGCUAUAAUGUAAAAUAUUCUCCAUAACUAGUUUUUGAACGAAUAAAAACACGUGUAGUUAUUAUCAAUAUUAAAAUCAUAGUUUCGGCGUCGAAUCGUUUUAAAUUAAAAUAUUAUAGUGUAAUAGCUAAUAACAUUUUGAGAUUCUGAACAAAGCGAGGAAUAUAAUUAUUAUUAUAGGUACGGGCCGAUAUCAUUUUUACCAAUAUCUGUUAUUCUGACAAUAUAUGCUUGUAUGCAACCGAUAUUCGAUAUUUGCAAUCGAGAAAUCAUUAACCGAUAUAGAGUUUUUAAUUUGAAUUUUUAAACAAAGGAGAAGAAAGAAAAAAACGUUUAAAAUGGAAUUUAGUGAUAGGAUUUGUUAAAAAUAUUAACAAUCACAUAAUUUAGGAGGGCAAAGCUUCCCCAACUUCUCGCCUAUAACAGCGUCCGUGACAUGUUUUGAAAAAUAAAUAAAUUACUCCUAGAAUAUUCAAAUCAUACGUGAUUGAAACAAAUAUUGUGUUAAAAUAUCGAAUUAGAUAAAUUUCAUAACGUGAUUUACAAUAAUAACCUUACCUAACUUAUUGUAAUAUGGGUAUUACUUGUUCUUUAAAUAGUAUUUUCGUUGAGUUAUCGUUGACAAUUUGGUUAUUCGAUUUAGUAAAUAGCUCGUCUGUAAAAAGCUAGUCAUCCGUAAUAGACGUUGAACUGUGUGUGUAUAUCUGUUAAAAACUAGUAAAAUUCAAUAUUGUGAAACGAAGGGAGAAAAUGUCUCGAGUUUUUUUUUUUUUAUUAUUAUUAUUAAAUCAUAUAAGAUUUUGAUCACAAAAAACUAAAAGGCCCGGGAUUAGAUUACGGAUUAUUGAAUUACUGAAAACUUUACAGUGAAUCCGUGAGUUAGUUUUUAUAUACAAGUAUUUUUUUAAAUUCCAAAUAAAAUUUUCAUUGAUGUAUAUUAUACCUACUGGUGCGAUGUAAAAUUUGAUUAAGAAUAAAAUCAAUUCCGACAAUUCGCAUAGGUAUAUUUUAAUAGUAUACGGAAACUACAGCUGAGUUCAUCUUGCAAGACGAAAGAUUAUACACUUUAAUAUUCUGAGUGUAAUGAGGAAUGUAUUGGUUCACAAUUAUGUUAAUAAUUUUCUACCAGUAAUUUUGCUCCAAUUUAAAAGGAAGCACUUUUUCUGAAAGGAAAUCGGACUAGAAGGGGGAAGGUUUAGGGUAUCAUUUUUUGAUUUUCCCAAAAGUUUUUCCAAUGAAUGGGAAAAACCGGGAAAACGAUAAAAUGUACGAAAUGUAUGCACCCAUUAGUUAAAAAAUAUUACAGUCUUUUUUUUUCUUGUGAACAAAUUUUCUAACAGCAAAAACGGGAAAAUAGGUACAACAUUAAAUAAAUAUUACUAAAGAAAAUAUAUAAUUCAUAUGUAAUUAUUUUACCAUACGUGAUAUAUAUAUUUUUGAUUUGUUGAUAAAGCAACACUAUCUAUCAAAUUCCGCUUAGAAUCGUUUUUUCGUUAGCAAUAGUUAAUCGUUGUGUUCUUUAUAGAUAUACAUAGAUAUACAUUAAAUUUCCCCUCUACUACCUUCCCAACUUCUUACCUAUAACAGUGACUGUACCCGUCUCCAUUAUCCUUUUAAGCUUUUUACGUUUUUUUUUUUUUAGAAUAUACAUAUAAUUAUUUAUAAAUAUAAUAAAAUUUCGUGUUAUCUUCUAACUUUACUACACCAUUAAUUAGUGUUUUCGAAAUUCACAGUAAAAUUAUGUAUUGGUUUAGGGUAGGUAUCGGUGGAAUACCUAGGAGGGGAUAAGAGGAUUUCAGUCCCCUUCGUUAGCAAUGCAAAAUAAUAAAAUAACUAUUCAGUAUUAAAAACUUAUUAACUUAUUAUACUUAUAAACGUACGUCAUGCGUAUUCAAUUACAAAGAAAGAUGAUAAUUAUUGUAUUAUAGAAUUAUUUAUUUUGCAAUUUUUUUUAGUCUAGGUUAGAAUAGGACAUUAUUGUAUACAACACAAAUAAGAAUUAUUAUGUUGAUCAAAAAUAAGUUUAAAAUGGCCACGUGCGAAUUAUGUCCAUCAUUUUAUUCUAUAAGAAUAUAAGUAUUAUAUUUUGACGAAAAUCUUAAAUAUUACGGAGUUUUAAACAUGUAUGUAUAACCGAACUCCGCUCAGUAUUGUUUUUCGUUAGCAAACAUUAAUAAUUGCUGUUGUGUACAGAUAUACAUUAUAUUCCCCUCUAUAUCCUACCUUUCCAACUUCUCAUCUACAACAGUAGCCCAACCAUCGUUCAAAAUAUGUCCGUCUUUUUCAUUAUGUUUCAGUUCCUACAGUAAACUUCAAUAAAUAAUUAAAAAUUUUAUUCUAACAAAUAAACCAAAAAAUUGUUUUAAAAUAUUUAAGUCACUCACGAUUUGAAUUUAUUGCUUAUAAAUAUGUAUUAUAUUACCUUUUGCACAUUUAAGCUAAAUUUUACUAUAAUUAAUAAUUUAUGACAAAUUCCAAUCAAAUGUACAACUUUAAGUUAGGUUAUUUUCUUAUAGUUUUCAAAUUGAAAAUGGUAGUUUUCUUUUACUUUUGGAGAAACGUUGAAUAUUAUAUUAUGUAGUAUAGAAAUAUGGAUAAGAAUAAUUUAAUGUUUUUUCUCGUGCAAGUUUUGAUAUUAUCCUAUUGAAUAUACAUUUAAAUACAGUAUUAAUAUUAUACAUGUACUUAUAAUAAAUUUCAUCAGCCUCUUACUUUUUUUUUUAAGAUUUGUAGAGGAGGCAUUGCUCCAAUGACCUCCGCUUGUAUCUGCACCCGUCAGAGUCAAAUAUAAAUUUUAAAUAUUCUUGGUUCCACCCGUUAGCCAUCGUUCUCAGAAAUCACUCGACCCUAUCCGCGCUAUAUGUAGAUGUUUGUAUGAUAAUUUAUUAAUGAUGCUUUUUAAAAUUUUAAAUUUAAUAGGCGUUUUAUCUGUAAUAUAAUUAUUAUUUUUGGUGAACUAUUUAAUUAACGUGUUUUUUUUUUUAUUUGGUUUACUCAUUAUAUAAUUUAAUUCGGUUCGUUAUAUUUCGAUAUUAUACCGAAAUAACGUAACUGUUUUUAGUUAUUUCAAACACAUGGUCCGAUGAUUUUUUUUUAAUUUGCAUAAUUUUGAUAUAACAAUAUAAUAUCACAAAUGUAAAAAAAAAAAUGUGUACACAUAUUUCAUACGACAUGUUUAUAAUUUAUACAAAAUUAUAUUAUUGUUCUUCUACAAGUAUUUUUUUUUUUUUUUUUUUUUCUAUAAAUCAAUAAGGUUUGACGAGGUUAAUAUUCUGCAGAACUUGCGUUAAUAAGUAAUUAUGCAAAUAUAAAUUAUAUUUAAUUUCUAUCAAAUUUUACACAUUUGGUCUAAACAACAAUAUUUUCUAAUUUGAUCAAUAUUUCGUUGUACAGAUGAAAAAACAAAUCACUUAUUAUAAAGUAAAAAAAAAAAUUGAUUUUACCUAGCUUUUUUUCGGUAAAACGAAUAACAUGUUAUGAUUUUACAGAGUUUACUCUUAAAUUUUGGAUGAAAUAUCGAUGUAAGGACGAGGGGGAGGUAUCUUGUUAUUUUAUCCGAGAUUUAUAUGUUUAAAAUUAAAAGGCUGAAAUGGGUCUGGCAUGACUGUACCGAGGGCUGGUGGAAGUGUCACGAAUAUAUAACAAUGAUAUAGUCAGGUAUACAAUAGUUAUAGGAACAAGACCAAGGGGAAUAUCGGGAAGGAGAUACGGAAACACAGCGUUAAGAGACCAUCACAGUAGAAUUAACUGUCCGUUUCUUCCAACGGACAAUAUUUCAAAAAUCUAUACACGCUUAACAAACAAAAAGGCCAUUAAAAUAGAUUUAAAAAAAAAAAAAAAACACUUAUUAUACCAACUAUAGAGUAUAGUUUCAACGUUAAUCUUGUACAAUUCAUAGAGCAUUGAUAUCAUUAUCAAACGUAUAUCGUAUUUUACUAAAUUUUGUUUUUUAAUUUCUAUACUUUUUUAAACAAUUCAAAAAAAACAUCGAUGUGAUAUGUGAUCUUUAAAAUGUAAAAAACAUUUUACAAGUGUUAAAAUAAAUGUUUAAUAUCUAUAAACGAUAUGUAGGGUUUUAUAAAAGACUAAUUAGUUUGGUUUACGUGAACACAGUUGUGUUACAUUUUCUGUUAGAAAAACAGAGAUGACAAAUUUUACUGCAACUAUUAUAAAUUAAUGAAGAAUGUGAUUUUUUUUUUUUUUAGUCAAGGUUUUAACUUUUAAAAUAUUUUAAUGCAUUCGUUGACAAUGUUUUUAGAUGACUAAAGAAAUCGCUUAACUACACUCAGAUAUUACGUACCCAUUUUUUUUGGAAAUUCCGUGACAUUACACAGUUUGUACGUAAGUACAAGUGUAUUUAUUUAUUUCAGACCACGAAUUCAGUCUAAAACGUCUUAUUCGAGCGUAAAUUUAAGCAUUCCCUUUCCCCUUAAAUUGUUAUCAAGCUAUUCGAGCAGCAGAUUGCUGGAAAAGUGUUAAGGGGCAGGUCGUUAAAGAAUGAAAAAAAAAAUACCUCUAUUUAUAUAUAUAUAUAUUAUUUUUAUUAUUAUUUCAACACAUAUUGCGUAAACAAGGUGUGUGUAACAGUAUCAUAAGGCGGUUCGUCGCACUACAUGAAACGCGAUCGCGUUCUAACACACAACGUUGAUAAUAGAUAGAAAUAAAAAUCGCGCGGUGUGGGCGUGACGAAUCAUCGCUGUUGGUGCGUCCCCGUAAGAAGCAUAAAAACAACCCGUAACGUUGUUAUGCCGCCGAAGUUUCCAAAAUAUAGACAACAAAUCAGUCUUAUCCUAUUGGUGGUCAACAAUGCGACCGCGUUAUGACCGGGUACCGGGGCGUCCGGUUUACGCGUCUUCAGUUCGUUGGCGGUGACGGUACGAGACGCUCCGAGUCGGUGAAUUAUCAUUGUGAUAUUUAUGUUUUUUUUUUUUUUCUUGUCGAUUAUCCGUGCAUCGUUAGACCGCGCGAGUCACUUAAAUUCCGUUCGAGUAUGUUUAUGUAACAGCCACCGCGGAUUUGUCUGCGGGUAUCAGUUGCAGCAGACCGUCUUGUACGAACGCCUAUGACGUACGAACAAUCACGCGAUACAUUAUUAAAGUCACCGUUUCGAUAUUAAAAUGUUGUAAAAAAAAAAAAAAACAAAAACAAAAGACAACCGAGCAUACUCCGCACGAUAGAUGAGCCACUGUUGUACAGGUGAGGAGCUAGGAAGGAAGAGGGGAAAUGUGUACGCAACGAUGCUAACGAAAAACGAUUCUGAGCAGAGUUCGAUUGUACGUGUUUUGAAAGGCCGUAAUAUUAUUUACGAUUUGAAUAUGAUAGAUUUCGUACAUUUUCCUGUUUUUCUAUGUUUCUUCUCAAUUAUUAUUUAUGGAAAAUUAAAAAAUGACCUCUUUAGAGUACUACCUAAAUCAAAUUUCUUUUCAGAAAAGACACUACACUUGAAAAUCGAAGCAAAAUUUUUGGUAGAAAUAAAGUCGUGCAUAGAAAACAAAUAAAAUGUAAACAUUAUUGUAUAUACAUAUAAAAUAAAAUGAAGAUACGCGUAUUUUAAUUACAGCUUAAUUGCUUUUGAUUUCAACCAUUAACAAUACUUGUUAAGAAAUUUAAAUUUAAAAAAAAAAUCUUUCAUAUAAUCCACAUUAAAUAUUAUAUACUCUACUUUAUAAAAUGUAUAGUAGAUUCCUUUGCCCAAUACUCAAUGAUAGUAAUCUUGGCGCAAUCUUGGAAAUGCGGAAUGACGUUGUUGCCAUAUUUCACGCGCAAGAGACAGACAGAGAAAACAUAUUAUGUCAGUGACGAUACCCAUUAAGUAGACACGUAAUAUUUAUACAAAUACAAUUACAUACUUAGGAAAAUGAUUAUUUAAUAAGAAGUCAAACGAAACCAUAAAAUCGUAUAAAAAUAAUAUUAUACAGCCGCCCAGUAGGUACUUAUACAUUGUAUUUGUUUUGCAAUUGCCAGUUGGCCCGUAUUCUAUAUUGAAGUUUUAUUAGUUAGGUACGGUGAUUUUGUUGAUUUUAAAAUUUAGUUGUCAAUUUUAAAAAUUAAUAGACAUAUUGUUAUUGUCUUAUGGAUUUUUAUUUUAAUGAUAUCGAAUAUUUAUCAUUCAUAGUAUCUUAAUCUAAUAGGAGUCUGGCGUUGUCUUAUUUCAAAAAUAAACAACAAAAAAAAAAUAAUCGCUUGUUGCUGACUUUCAAUUGCCGAUUAUACCGAAAAACCGAUUGAUUUGAUACAUGCAAAUAAGGACCUUAGCGGAUUUUCGGGUAAAGGACGGAUUUUGAGUUUUGAAAGGUAUUUAUAUCAUUUUGUUCAAAAACAGAACUUACGAGUUAUGAUCUUAAUAUGUUGAUACUCGUUGAAUCAGAAAAAGGCAAUGCGUUUUACGGCUUUUUUGUUUUUUGUUUUAUACUUUCUAAAUGACAAAGAAUUAGGAGGUUUUAUUUUUAAUUUUUUCAAAAUGGCAUUUGCACGAUUAGAGUCCUUUUUUCAUGGACAAAAUCAAUUAUUAUGGAUUAUACUUUAAUCCACGUCGGCAGCGUUCGCUUUCAGCUUAUGAUCGGCAAUCAGCCUAGGAUAAAGAAUUGUUGGAAAAAAGUGUGCUAUAUUAUUUAGUUUUAUAAAAAAUACUUCUUAAAAUGUAUUUAAAUACAGAUACAAAUACAUAGGUACAUUCAGAAAGUAUUUGACUUAAUAAUAAUUAAUUUAAGAAGGUUUACAAAAUUAAUUUUGAAAUGUCUAGCAUAAAAUUCAAUAUUGAACUAUUUAACUACCUACCCCUAUUAUUAGAACUUUGUACCGUCUACUUCAUUUUAUAUUGAUAAAUGAAAAUAGAUAAAUAAAAUUUCGAUGUAUAUUCUGAAAUAAUUUAAUACUUUGAAAUUUGAAUGAAUUAAACGAAUUAUAAAUUCACCAUUCCCAGAAUUGUGUAUUUCGCUCGUUUUUUCUAUCGGUCGACAGUUAGGAUAAUUUAUUAUCUCCUGAAAAGUAUUGACUUUUUAAAUUUUCGAUGAAAUUGAAUGAGAAUCUUGAAUAAUAAUCUACUAAACUACUGUUAUUUUUUUUUAUUUAUUCCACAUACUUUAUUUAAGGUUAUAACAUGUGUCGGAAGUAGGGAGUUUUUGUACAGAACACAAAAUUAUACGUUUAAUAAUGAAUAACAAUUAAUUAAAUGUAUGCAUUACUACUCUACUGAGAAUCAUUUUUUUUUUCAUUUGCGACGAUUUAUCGUUGUAUGCCUAAGUACAGGAAUAAAAACUAUAUCUUUUUUCUCAUUAUUAAUAUGCAAAUAUGUCUAGACAAAAUUUCAAAACUACGUGUUAUUCAAACACCUGUUACAUAUGCUUUUCGCUUAUUCAUACAUAAUAAUAUAUUAUAAUAUUACUAUGGUAAUUUAUUUCCGAUUGUAUCCGAAUUGGGUCCCGGAUUCGUAUGAUUUUGAUAGGUAGUACACUGGUUGGCUCCCAGUGAAUUGCAGGUACUAUACAAGUGGGACCCGGCUAUCGGCAGGUUAUAUACUAGUUGGCAGUUGUGCCUUCACUUCUUAUCAAGUAGUGCAAUUGCGCGGGUGCUCAGGGGUGGUGGAUAAUAGAUAAGAAUUGUUAAUUGACACCUAAAAAUUACAAAUUAUAGCCUUAAUUCAUAUUAGAAUAAUCCAAUUUAUAAGUUUGUUAAUUAUUUGUGAACCGCCAACACGGUUAGCAGGAAAUGUUUAGGCACCAAUGCUUGUUGGGUUGAAACGUUUACAAGCAGUACAAAAAAUGCUCCUUCUCAUUUUUAUAGACUUAGGACUGUCAGUGAUUUAUAUUUUAAAAUAAAAUACAGGUAUGAUUAAAAAUGUAUUGUUUUGCCAGACGAAUUAAUAUUUCUGAAAACAUUCAGAAGGUGGUCUCCGAUUGUCAUUUUUGAUUAUUAUACCUAGAUAAUGGUUUUGCCAUCAAACAUAUGAGAGGCCAUAGUUGAAGACAAAUCUUUCUAUACGUAUCGAAAUGCAAUUUUUAAGGUCAGUAUAUUAUAAAUAAUAUGCCGUUUUCGAAUAUUAUUAUGGCAACAAAUCAAUUUACAUAAGGCGUACUGCGUGAUCGCAAAUAUGUGAAAUAGUAUAAUUAGGUAAAUAAUGCUAUUGGCGUUUUUAUACGGGAAUCACCAUCUUUAAAUAAAGUUUUUCAGAUGGACACUAUUGUGACACUGUUGUUAUUAUUAAUUCACUACGUAUACCUAUAGUUUCUGUUUGUUCACAUCUGCUUAGAAUAUUUUAAUUCGGAUAAGAGUUGGAACAACCGGUUUUUCCUAUUAUAAAUACAUGCAAUAUUUGCUUUUUUAUUUGUUUAAUAGAAAUUUACAUUUUGUUUUGUAGAUAAUAACCGGGUGUAAACGACAAAUGUAUUUUUUCGGCAUAUCGAAUACUUUGACAUGAGAAAUUAACACUAUGGCCAUUAUCAAUGAAACGACGUCUUGGUCACCGCCACAGGAGGAAGUAAGAUUUUUUUAAUAACAUUUUUUUUCGUAACGAAUCUUUUGAAAAUAAUAAAUUGUUAAAUUAUUGAUCACCACUUGAUUUUCGGUCACUACAGUAGAAUAUUCCUUUCGUUUAAACGUGACAGUGACUAAACAUAUAGAUUGUAGAUGAAACCAAUCUCUAUUACACUACAGUCUAAAAAUAUAUUAAUCAUUACAGCAUUAGGAUGCAUUUAGAUGUAUUAUAAAAUUCAGUUGUCUAUAUGCUGAUACAAAUCCUUCUGAAUCCGGACUGUCGUAAAAAGAAAAAAUACACGGGUACACUAGAAUAAAGAUCAAAAACGAGCUCCGUGGGCUGACAAUCUGAUUGGAAUUUCAGUUGCCAGACCAUUGCUUUACUGUAUAUAUUAUACUAAGCCAUCCGACCGACGGACAUAUAUUUUAUCGAAGAUUUCCAUGUCGUUAAACUGAUUGUUAACAAAUAUAUAGGACAUAUAGUGUCACUGUACUUAUUUAUCGUCAUCCAUAACCUGUUUGGUAGUUUUUCGAAAAAUCACCCAUAUCGACAACUCGGGACGUUUAUAAAUAAUGUGUAAAGAAUUUGACGGAUCAAAAGUCAUAUGGAAAGUUUCGAAGCUUUUGGCGGGGACUAUACGCAGAUAUGAUGAUGAUAACAAAAUAUAUGGUAGUGUCUUCUUCACUUUGCAAUUUAUAAAUAUAAACACCAGAGGUUUAACGCGAAAAAUGUAUUAUAAUCCGCGAACACAUAGCGAAUUGUAACGUGCCGCGUACGUCUCGCUGACCCUCGCCUCCUGGUAUUUGGAAAUAAUAAUUUUCUUUUACUCCAAUAUUUAGUAUGCAUUUGUAUGACCGUUCACGUAAUUUAAAAGACAUUUUUUAUUACAAUAAGCCAACUUUAAAAAAAAAAAGGAGAAUGGAAAAACGUCUCGCUAUCUUUUUCCUUCCAUCAAAUGGAAAUAUAUGGAUAAACGAUAAUGCGCAAUUUACAUGUAAUUGAUAAAUCCCAAAAUCCCUACUAUUCUCCUUCUCAGUCAAAAAUCGAUAACAAACUAUUUAUCACCUCGCCGACAAACAGAUAUUAAAACAUUUUAAUAACAAAAUUAAUAAAUUGCACAAUACCGUUGAAGCGAUCAAUACUCAAAAAUAAAAACUAAAAUAAAUAAUAUAAAUAUAAAAUAUAUAUAUAUAUUAUAUAUUUGCAUAUAUUUAAUAAAUGCGUAGGCGUCUAAAUCAAGACAUACAUUAUGUAGACGAAAUCGUAUACUUAAGGAACAAAACCUCAAGAGCAUUCAAGAAAUCAAAUAACACAUAUAGUGCCAAUAGCCGCUUUUAGUAGAUAAUUAUAGAAAAUAAUUAAUUGAAAUAUUCAUUUCAAAAAAGGUAUAUUCCUAAUAAAUGAAACUUAUUAAAACAAUAUUUCGAAACGUAAAAACAUAUGAUUAUGAAUAGUAGGCAGGCGCGUUCUGGGUUCUAAUUUUUGUACCGAGAAAUGAUUACAUAUGACCUACUUAUAAACAUGAAUCAUUAACAUUCAUCAAGUAGUAGCCUACUAACCUAAAAAAUCACAAAGCUACAAUAGAUAAUUUAAAGAAAUAUGAAUAGAAAAACGUGUAUAAAUCAGGAAGGGCCCACCGGAAAAUGCUCGGUACUCCGAUGGGCCAGUAAGUGCCUGAUCGUGGAUGAAUUUAAUCAUUAAUUAAAAAUAACAAAAUUAGAAAUUAUUGAGAUGUGGUGCUAAAGAUAAGUUGAUUUAGUGGAAAACAAAAGUGUUUGUUUUGAAGAGAUACAAGAAAUUGUUAAAGAAAUCUGUACGAAUGCUGUGAGGGCAAGAUGUUGGAAAAUGGUUGGACAUGCUUUGGAAAACUUUAAAGAUUUAGCUCAUUUUUAAUAAUAUAGAGAAUACGAUUGAAGGGAAGACUAUAUACGAAGUUUCACAAUAUGAACAUAACAUUACGCCAUUGCGCGUUGAUCCCUAAAAAUAUUGCAAUAAAAAAAAAACACUGGCGAGCAGACCCAUCACUAGAAUUUAAUUUCAUCCCGUCUAUUCUAAAUAAUGUAAAUAUUCUGUACUAAAACAAUAAAUACCGAAUGCUAUCAUAACACUAUCAUUAAUAUACUAUAAUACUAUAAGUAACUAUAAUACUAUAGUUAUUAUACGACUUUAAAAAAAAAUGAAUUAUAAAAAUGAUGGGCGGGUUAAAAGUUCAAACUUCCAAAAGACACAUCCUUGAUACUAUAUAACGAUAUGCAUUGACAAAAUAUCAUCUCUUGACUUCAUUUGAGGAAUCUUUAGGGAUGAACAAAGAUGAAAAAUACUCUCCGCCUGCAACAACAUGGUUUAAUUCAUAUUUAAAUUUAAAUGAACUUUUAUUACAGCCCCCACUAGAAAUGUUCAAAAGUAAUUGUAAAAAGAUAUAAUUUGUAAACUAUAUUGAACUCUUACUUGCAGGUAUACCUAUUGUUAUUUUUUGACCUUUUUUUAAAAUUAUUCAGAAAUGCUGGUCUUUUUACGAGUUCAGACCAGACAAUUGGACCGGUUGCAACGCAUCGUCAGACACGUUGAUGUGUUGGCCCGCCACACUAGCCAACACAACAAUCUCCCAACCAUGUUUCAAAGAGUUGAAUGGAAUAUUAUAUGACUCUUCUAGUAAGUAACUAUAUAAUGUCUAAAUAUUAAUAUUAAAUAAAAUUAAUAAAUAAAUUAAGUACCUAAUUAAGAUAAACAAAUCGGAAACCUUUAAAAACAUUGUCAGUGAUACCACAUCCAAUCAACCUAAAGAGUGACUUUGGGUUUCUGUGCUAUGGACAUUUUGUAAAACAAAAAACAGCAAUUCUGAGUAUCUACGUGACAGGCUUGCGAAAAAACAAAACACGACAAAAUGUACAAAUACUCCGUAUGCUUAAACAUUUUCGUACUCCUUGUGAAAAUUUUUAAUUCUGAUAUAAUUACCCCUGAGCCCAUCCCAGCCCUACCUUAACAGAUUACAAUUUUUCAGCAUGCAUUUAGUAUACAUUUCACAGCACCAAAGUUCAAAUAAUAUGUGAAAACCCAGAGAGCUGGUGUCAUUUUUUUUCGCCGUCGACAUAUUCAACUAAUAAUAAUAAUGAUUUUAUUUGGUCAGAAAACAGUUAAAAUCUCCUAAGAUAAUAAUAAUAAUACCUAAUAUAUAUUAUGAAUAUUACACGUUAUAUUAUAAUUUAUAAUUUAUAAUUGGUUUUACUAGUGAUUUGGGCCAAAAAAAAAAAUCAAAUUUCGCCAUAUGUAUUCAAUAUCCAUAAUUUAAUUAGUUAUUUAUAUUUUAUAUUAAUUUUAAUUUUAUUAUAAAUAACAUUAUUUGUAUUUCUUUUCGAUAAUCUGGUCGAUAAUAGACAGUUGCACGGUGGUUCAUCUACGCGAUUUGGUCUUUGUUAAAUACAGAUUUUUAAAUAAUAUAUUAAAUCACCCGCAUACCUAUACUGUUCGUGAAAUUUAUAAAUUAUAAUAUUAAUAUCAGCUAUUAAAAACGACUGUUUAAUUAAAAUAUAUCUGGGACUCGGUGCAAGAAGGGCCUAUGUCUGACAAAAAAAAAAAUGUAUUACAAUAAUUAUUAUAACUUAACGUUAGAUUUUCGGAAAUAAAUAAUUUUUUUUCAGUUUUUCAAAUACAUUUUUUGAACAUUAGCUCCUUUCAACCAAGCCACACAUAUCUAGGUGUGUAUUACAUAAACGCCUAUAUAAUAUUAUGAUGUAAACAGAAAUAGCAGCUUGGUUAAAAUGAGACACCACCAGUCGAUGCGGUAAAAUAAUAAUUCCUUUGAGGUACCUUUUAUUAUAUAGUACAAUAUUCGUUUCUGCAGGUGAGGAGCUUAUAUUAGUUUAUUACAUAGAUAGGCAGGUAGGUACUAUAUAAUAACACGCUGUGGUGUUUAAUUUGAUUGUGGUAAUAUAUUGCGCUGUGAAUUCGUUCAAUAAAAAGUAAACUUAUACUUUGAAAACUUGAUAUUACAUUAAAAUUAAAUCUGCAGCUGCAGGAUAUUAAUAAUAUUAUCCUGUCCUAUUAACAAGCCGCGACGACAUCGCGCGAAUUCGCAAAUUAUUACCGCGUAAAACUCUUAUUGGAUUCGUGAAUAGAUAAUAUUUUUAAUUUUACCGUUUUCAAUGGAUGAUCGCGUGAUUGUCUUCCGGGCAAAACGUCAAUGGUAUAAAUUAAAUACAUUACAAAUGUAAAAUAUAAAUUAAAUACUGUUCUAUUUUGCUAAAUUUAAAUUUAAAUUUUCAACUAUUAUAAUGUAAUUUACGAUGUUUCGUUAUUUUCGUCAAAAUUGUUCGAACAGUUAUUAAGAAUAAAAAUACAAAUACCUUUGAACAACAUAUCUCUGUUACUAGGACUGGAUUUCCCCCUCCCUCCGUCUUUUUUUUACUAUAGUAAUAUUCUUCGUAAAACAAUAAAUAACCAAAUUACCGAAUAACCAAAUAACAUUACAAUAAUAUUAUAGUAUUAUCUUAAGACUAUACUACUUCCAAAAAAAUUAGAAGAGUUUUGGGGGUUAAAAUUGUCGAAAGUUGAAACCUCCAAAAGGCACAUCUUCGACAUUCAUGCAACACAACACAAUGUAUAUCAGACACGAUACAGUGCAAUAGUCUCAAUUUUUGGAGAAAAUUCGACAAAAUAGAUUGAAUUUAAAUAAAAAUAAAAGUCUAGUGUUUUAAUCACAUUAUUGCGGUGACAUGCAUUGUGAUAAAGAUCCAUAAAACCCAUAACACAUCAGUAAUAAUAUUCUAUUAAAAUGAUAACAGACCGUAAUUUAUCUUUGACGUAGUUACUGCAAAUUAAAAAAACUACAUUGAGGACGUUCCAAGAAAUAUAAUGCUAUUCUCACGUUUUAUCAUGUAAAUUUUCGUUGGUGUUAUUGUUUAUCAGCAGGUACAUAUCAGUAGAGCGAACUAGUUUCAUUAUAUUUUCUUCUCGUAAUUAAAAAAGCAACUUCCAUUAAUCAAAAAAAUAUUAUUAUUUAUUCAUAGAAAAUAAUAUUACACGAUGGUCGUAUAUUUAGCCAAACGCGAAUAAUUAAAAACACACAAACAAAUUAAUAUAUUUUAAAAAUUAUGAUAUACUUAUACAAUUGCGAAAUUGUUUGAAUUUAUUUUUCCCACAUGUGCUAUUAAUAUUCAACCUAAAAAUAUGGAUAAUCUAGGAUAAAGAAUUGAAAUUCCUUAAUACUGAAUUACAUUCCGUUUCUUGGUCAUUAUAGUGUUAUGCGUUUCGGGGAAAAAAAUAGAACAGUUAAUACACCAUCAUUCCACCAUCGUGAUAAUUAUGAUAAAUUUAACCAAUAAUAAAACAAUAUAACAGGCGAUUUGGUAUAAAUUGAGUACUAUUGAAAAGCGUUCGUAGUGGUUGUGAAAACAAACAUCCGCUAGAGAUUUUGAUCAGAUUCUAAGAGUUUCUUGCAACUAUUUUCAAAUAUGUUUUAUUGUACAUAUUAUAUGAAUAAAUAAAUAAUAAGAUGGUUUAUUAAAACAAUACGAUAAAAUUUAGAUGAUUAACAAAUGAGAGGCGUCUAUUUUCGAAAUCAACUAUUAUAGUAUAAUAAGCAAACAUUUUUAAAAUGAGUGUUGAAAUAGCCACACAACAAAAAGCCUCUUCAAAAUUACUACCUAAUGAUUUGUAUUUCAGAGUUAUAAGUUUGAAAUAAUAAAUUCGUUUUAAAAGUCGACUAUCGGACGAAUUUUACAACAAAACCAGUUAAAAUCAAAAUUCUAUGUAACAAUAUUUAUAUAAAAUAUGCACCAUGUGCAAUAUGUGCAUGCACUCCAAAAUAAUGAUUUCACAUUGGUUACAAAAGUAUAAAGUACACUACAUAUUUUCUUUCAUUGUCAUUUGUUAUCCACAAAUUCGAAACAGAAAAAUAUGCUUAAAUAUUAACGUUAAACUCUAGGCCACGGAUUAAUAAUAAUCGUGAGAUGCAGCGUGACCAGUGGUUGUACCAUGCAAAUACUGCACCAUACAACUCGCUCCAGUAAUAUAGAGUUGUUUUGGCCUAAAUUCUAAAAUUUUACGAGUGGAUAUUAGAUGGUAAUGUAUCUAUGAUUCACAAAAUAGAAUUAAAGAUUUCGUUUCGAAAUUAGAGAACACACACAUAAGCGCAACUAGAGGGGGGGGGUACAUACUAGUAGGACUUCGACAUCCCCAUAAACCCUAACUGUAAUUUUAUACUUUUACGUUAUUAGGAUCCUCCACCUGGGGCAUUAACAAUUUUAACACUCCCUAAAAUUUAGGUAUAAUUAGAUAUACAAUAAUUUAAUAGUGAAUACACUAUUUACACUGCACAGGUAUGAAUAUGGCAUUGAAAAGCAAACAAACCGGACAUUCGGCAAUAAAAACGCAACCUUUUCUCACGUCAAAACUAUUUCCACCAUAUUAUAUCUAAUAAAACAAUGAUAUUAUUUAUAUUCAAUGUUUCAAUAUGACUAGUAAAAUUAAAGCUAAUGAGUUGUCUUGGUAAAACCUCAUUGAAAUUAAGUCAUUCGCGCAUAUGUAUAACUGUUGAUUAUAUUAUAAUAUAGAUUCAACAAUUAUUGUAAAAUCACUAUACUUUUUAUUUCUCUCUUUAUUUCCUUUUGAACUUAAAACAUAUAUAUACAGAGUGAAUUUUUUUAUCAUGAACCAGCAAUUAUCUCAAAGGAUUUUAAGUGAAUUUGAUUUCUGUUUUUUCUAAUCAUUAUGGUUAAUGGAUAAAGGGUAAUAAAUUGCCUAUCUAUGACCCUUCUCUACUCAUCCGAUCUAAACUUUAACUUGUUAUAACUCAUAAACGGUAAAUCUAAUAUUAGUGUUAUGUAUAUCAAAAUAUCUAGAAAAAUAUUCUCUAUUCAAAUCUGUGUUCAAAAGGGAAGAUUUCUUGUUUGAAAAUCAAAAGUGUGCAAUAAUUUAAGGUAUAUGGAGUAGGGGUAAAAAUUAAAAAUGGUUUUAAAAUAAAGCUUAAACAGUUCUAUAAUAAUAAUAAAAACAGAAAUCAAAUUCCCUUAAAAUCUUCUGAAAUAAUUGCUGGUUCAUCAUAAAAAAAUCAUCCUGUAUAUACAUAAUAUAGUGGUAUAUUUUUUAAUUAUAUUAGUUUGUAGAACUCAAAAAAAUAAAUCUAUACUUAUUUGAAGAUCUAAUCUGCAAUUAUAUUUUUAUACUAAACGUGUUUAAUACUCGAUAUGAUAAUUUUAGUACAAAAAUGUUUAAAAAUUAAAAUUAAAUUUAUUCGAUUAUUUAUACAUUUCUUCGUUAAUUUAUUACCUAUUAUGUUUUCGUUGUUAUUGUUUGGGAAUAAAGUAUUGUAGUUGUGAGGAUAAUAUAACCAAAUUUUACUUUUUAGUCAUAUACAUCAAAUUAUAUCAGGUAAAUCAAAUAAACAUUUUUAAUAGCCAAAAAAAUGUUUUGGAGAAAAAAAAACAAAAAAGACCUAGUACAAAAGUCUAGAUCUAAAUAGACUUUUAUGAGAAUAUAACAGACAUACUUCGUGCCAUUACCAUGGGUGUGUCACUUUUGUAGGAUAUAAAACGUAACUUAAUUUAUAUUUAUACGUAUUUACUUAACAAAAAAUCUUAGCAAACGAAAAAUGAUAGUAAGCGAACUUCGGUUUAACGUGUUUUAAUAACUGAAAUUUAUAUAAAUUUAGAACUAUAAAAUAAAUUACAAUUUUUUUCUCAAAUUGUUGCGCAUUUUUCUAAGACAAAAAUAUUGUCAUUUAUAGAUAUACGAUUUUCAUCGUAAUUUUAAUUAAAAACGCUUAUAAAAAAAAAAAUCGUAAAUACGGAUAUCAAUAUUUUUAUAAUGCCAUAAAGUAACACAGCUUAUGAUGAACCUAGUACAAAAUCGUCAAGUAUUUUAAAGUUGCUGAAAUAAUUGUAUACAAAUGAAAACUAAAACAAAAUUUAAACAUUUCAAGUAGAAAGAACUCAGAAAACUUAAGAAUGUUUUAAAGAUUGUACAAAAUUUAGAAAAGACUGAUAUAAUUUUUACUAACCGAAACAGUGUUUUUCAAGAAAAAAACACAUAAUUUUAGUAAUACUAUAAUAGUUUCUUCCCUUCACUUGGAAUCUAAAAAUGUAUAAUAUUCUCUGUCUUGAACACAUUACAAAAUAAACAUAGAAAUAUUAGAAACACAAGUUUAUUUCAGUCAACAAAUUAACAAUAUUAUUUUGGAAUGUCAUUCCUAAAUACAAUAAAUAAAUCAUAAUUUUUUUUUUCAAUUAACCUACAGUGGUGGAGGAUUAGUUUUAAAUACAACAUAACUUAAGAAACACAGAUACUCUCAGUAUUAUUACGUUCCACACGAAUGAGCAAAAUUCCAAAUAUUUACCUACAGUUUUUAAAUUACAUUAAAUUAGGUAAAUUAAAAGUUUUAUUCAAAGUUACACUACUUGAUAAAUAUAAAUAUUAGUGGUGAUGCAUAUACUUACCUGAGCGAAGUUUUAGUAAUUUAUUUAUUAUAAUUAAACAAAACGAAAAAAAUUAUGUUCUAUUUGCAUAGUAAUAUUAUUAAAAUUACUACUCAAAUAAAACAAGUUUUCAAACAAAUAUUAAAAAGUAAUACAAAUGUAUCGUAUAUACGUACAUAAAUAAGAAUAAGUAUAAAAUAAACCUGGAGUAUUAUGGAUUUGGUUUUUUAUUCUAAGCAAAUAACAAAAAAUGUAUUGUUUUACUAUUGCGUCAUGUGUAGUUUUUUUUUUUUUUUUCAGCUGUUAACACAAUAUUUCUGCGACUGAGAUUCUAUUCUCAUAAUCAACUUUAGGGUGGUUUCUAAAAAACCAAAAUAUCGCAGUCCAAGGCUCUCAUAAUUAUUACCAAAAAAAACAAAAAAAUCAAUUGAAUAUUAGAACAAAAGUUAUUACAACAUUUGUCAAAUCUCUGUAGACAACAUACUGUUGUGUUGUUUUUAUAUUAUAUAUAUAUAUAUAUUACAGCUAAUGAUAAAAAUCGAACUUAAAAUAUUAUCUGUGUUUGGAGGUUGGUUUUUUGAUAUUUUAAUUUUGAAGCGAGAUACGAUGAUUUUUAAAUGUAAUAUUUCACAAAUUCAGUGACUAUUAAAUUAACAAUACAACGUUUAUUAUACUAAACGAACAUUUAACAUUAUCCAAUUUUCAACAUUAACGGUAACUAACAUAUAUAUAUAUAUACAGUAGUUAAAGUAAGGGGUGGAAGAUGACAGAGUCCCUCUUUUUAUUUAAGGCAAAAUUAUCAAUAUUUAAUAUAAGUGUUUGAAGGCCAUGGCAAGCUUUAGUUAUUAUUACUAAGACAUGUUUAAUGAAAUUUUAAAUAUUCUAAUUUUUCUUCUUCUCCUUCGUCUUCAUCCCAACUCUUUAGGGUCAACCACUCUCGUUUAAAACUUCCGUUUAACUCGAUCACCUAUCUCGCAUACAUCGACAUUCUUUAUAUCAUUCUCUAUCGCAUCAAAUCGCCUCUUUUUCAGUUUUCUCUCCCUUUUUCCUCCUACUUUAAUUUCAUUACAAUUCUAACUGCUUCAGAUUCAUCUCUCCCCAUGACAUGCCUAAACCAUCUCAGCCUAUAAAAAUAAAAUAAAUAUAUGAUUAUACUAUUUAUUAUUAUUACAUCUGUAACUGCACUAUUUAUAAUUUAAAUGUAAAAUCACAUAAUAAUAAAAUAAAAAAAUACUUAAUUAAUUGCCCGCGACGUAAUUAAUACGUUAUCACUAAUAUGUAAGUUAAAUACGAUAAAAUAUUGAAAUCCAUACUAAUAUAACUACUAUGAUUUCGAUGUUCGAUACUGUAUUACAGUUUUGAUUAUACCGAUGACUAAAGGUAUCGAAGCAUAGAAUCGCCCGUCUUUAAUAUGCACGUAAUUAAAUAUUUAUUUGGAGUUAUAAUUUAUUAUUUUUGUUUGUUAUAUCGUAUAGAUAACGCGAGUCGAACAUGCUUCCAAAACUCCUCUUGGAGCCUGACAAACUACAGCAACUGUACAAUACUCUAUCCCAGUCCUGCGAACGUCGCCGGAACGGACGACACUAUAAACGUGAUACUUAGUUUGUACACAGCCGGCCAUUGUUUGUCACUAAUAAUGACGGCGUUGGCCAUUUUCGUUUUCUGCUGGUUCAAGUAUGACGACAGAGCUUUAUUUUAUUGUUAUUUUACUAUAAUAACUGUCCCCUUAUAUCAUAUACAAUAGUUGGAGCUACGUGUAUUAUACUCUGUAUAUACUCGACUGGUUCCAAUAUAAAUCCCCACUUAUAUCAUACUUUCUGAUGACACGUACUAGUGCGCACGCGUACAACGGCUACCUAACCGCCUAACAACAUUUUCCAUACAUUUUUUCGUAACCCGUCGUUUUUGAUUGGUCAAGUCCCGGAUCGCCCGGCCGCUACCGCUGUCACUAACUACUAAUAUUACUACUAUACUGCAGACAUUACUAGUUUGCACAUUAGCAUAUGUAACCCCGAAAUUAUGACAAAAAGUGGGGAGUUAUUUUGGACCCAGUGAACUAUAUUAAUAUAUGAUGGGCGUGGGCAAAAAAAAAAUAUCAAUAUAAUAUAAAUACAAUUUUAGGAAUGUAGGUAUAUUAAUCGCGGAAGCAUUAUGAGCGCAAGUACUACAAUAAUCGAUUUCAUAAUAUUGACCUCUGCCUCCAUUAUAGGGUCUGAACCUCAUUUGAAAUAAAUAUGGGCAUGUCCUAUCCAUUCCUUCAUUAUCUAUGAUCAAAACCGGUGAAAUUAAUAAAAAAUAUCGAUACUUGAAAAUAGCAGUAUAUUUUGCCCAUGUCUAAUAUAAUAAUUUGAUUUAAGACCGUUUCACACAAUUUAUUCACUUAGGUUAUUUUAUUAUCUAUUAUUCAUUACACCCAUUUAAGUUGGUUGAGUUAUAAAAUAUAUACAGAACACCUAGCUUUUAGAAUACUUAUAGUAUUAAAAUCGUUUUGUCAAAUAAUUUUCUAGUGAAUAUGAACUACUGUUACAUUAUUUUCUAUAGUUAAUAUACUCAACAUCUUUGAAAAAUGAAGAUAACUAUAAUAUAGGUACUUAUGAUAGAGUCCCAACGGUUAAAUUAUAACUGAAAUAUUAAAUCAACAUCAACUAACAACUGACUUAUAAAAUGUGAGGUGACCACAAUGGUGUAUGAGCAAUCACUAUAUCCACUAACCACUAUCCAUACAAUAAAAUAAUAUGUUGGAAUAUAAUAGGUAAGUGAGAAAGUUGACAUAUUUUCCUGAACAUAUAUAUUACAACCAACGGACAAUCGUAUCUAAUGUUUUUAUGAUGAUGGCCUUUCUUUUCGAAAAAUCCUAUUUAAUUUUACGGAUUUCGGAAAGCCAGGGAGAAAGUGAAUGACCUUUCCUCUUCUCCGGACGCUUAUGGUGUAUUUCCGACCUUAUCUUCUAAGACCGCACCCGUGACCAAAUCAAUUCAUAAUAACCAUAAGUUUUUUAUCCACGUCACCAAAAAAUACGAAAAUCAAAUUUUGUUCCAAAAAUUCCAAAAACCUUAGGUUAGCCACCCUUUAAAGAUUUUAAUUUCGAAAGUCUAGCUUCGAAGUGCACAUACGGACCCGUUCUUCCACUACUGUAUAUAAAUUGUCAGACAUGCGUGCGAUCGAUUCGGCUGUGCAUUGCAUACAAAUUUACCAAACUUUGAUAUUUCAGAAAAAAACACUACUUAUCCUUUUAUUAAUGUAUUAACUAUAUGUAUACAGAAAACAAUCACGUACGAAAAUCACGUACAUUCUGUCGGACAGUUGUAGUUUUAUUAAUACACAUAACAUAACAUGUACCCUAUAAUUUAUUUUGUAUGUAUCAUUUAUGUUAUAGAGAACUGAAAUGUUUGCGCAACAAAAUCCACACCAACCUGAUGGCGUCGUAUUUUGUGGCCGACUUAAUUUGGUUACUCACUUAUACCGUAAGUCGAUAAUUUUAUAUAUAAGUUACUCGGCUUGAAAACAGCCAGCCACAAAAAUGUAAUUUUAUGUAGAAAAAAAUACGCAGUGGAAACUAUUUUAUCGAAAGUUUUUCGUUAUGAAUAAACACUUUUUUUUAUUAUUUUCUGUUUAAACUUAAAAUUACGAUAUUUCAAGACUAUGUUAAGUAUACAAUUCAGCGGAUAAAUUGUUAUAAAAAAAUAAAUAUCAACACCACUUUUUUUAUUUCGACAAAUAAUUAUAUUUGUUUAAAUAUAUAUAUAUAGUUUAUCAGCUGUAACAGUGUUUUUAUUAAGUUACCAGAUUUUUUUUUUUUAUUUUGAUUUCCAUCUAAACCGUACAAGUAUUUUAUUACUGUACACGAAAUACCUAUACAAUUAUUAUUGCGCAAAUAUAUUGAAUAUAUUACACACACAAAACGAUAAUACAUAAUUCGAAUCAUUUUCAAAAUUUAUUUUAAUCACAUUGAAAUAUAUGUAGGAGUAUAUAUAAAUAUGUACGUACAAUGCGCAUUAGGUGUCGACCGAAAUGAAAACGAGUCCGUUUUCAAUUAAUAUCGUUAGACUCGUAUAAAUAUUUGUCUUGAAUUAUAAUGUUGUAGUUUAUUAUGUAUUUCGACAAUUUGUGCGUUUCAUUCAAAAAUGUUUGUUUUACAGAACUUGACCGACACGAACGCGUACAAAUGUGCACUGUUGGUGUGGCCGCUUUACUAUUUCACCAUGACAAAUUAUUUCUGGGCGUUCAUCGAAGGUAAACAUAAUAUUAUAAAGCCACCAACAAAAAAAAUUAAAUUAUAAUCGUAUACGCUAAUCCUAAAACAACACGUACACUCGAGAGACGUAUAGUAUCGUGCAUACUGUGUACACUGUAUAAUACUACAUUAAUAUUUGUUUAAAAUAAUAUACAUGUUCAUGCAUUAUUUUGUUUUGACGACGCGAAAUAUUGCCAGAAAAAAACACAAAAAAAAAUUAAAUAAUAAUAAAAAUAUAUGGCAUGCACAAUUUCCAAGAUAUUCCGUAUAACCUGUAUCGAAAGAAAUAUAUUUUCUUUUCCAGGGUUGUAUUUAUUUAUACUGGUCGUUGAUACGUUUUUUUUGGACCGACUACAGUUACGAACAUACUUGGGCAUCGGAUGGGGUAAGUUUCAUUGUUACGCUUAUUAGCUAAAAAAUAAAAUAAUUUAUCAUUACCUAUAUUAAAUUGUCAGCAUAGAUUUUUUUUUAAUUUUUAUUCCAUAAACAUUCCUCUAGACUCUAAUAGAAAAAUAAUGUUGACAAAUCUAGAGUCUAGAGUUUUAAACGUCUUUUUUAAUAUCAGACUAAACAUUAUACAAUUUUUCAAGACUUAAAAUUUUAUUUUAUAUUUUUUCAUAUCUGGGUGGAAAUUUUAAAAUCUGUCUGAGAAUUUUUUAAGACAAUAAAAACAAUUUGUUAGCAAUUAUCUAGGUGAAAAAUACCUAAAAAAAAAGAAAAAACGCUUUACCCGUAUUUGACAAUAUUAUACAACGGCAAAUAUAUUGAAUUUUAGUAAGAAAAUAUAUAAUAUUUUAUACUAUAUAACUAGUUAUUUACACCCUUGCCGUUUAGAAUUUUAUUUUCACGUCAUAAAUAUUCUAAAGAACGGGUAAGUAAAAAUGAUCUGUAUUUUCUAUCAAAAUAAAUUCCACUUGUCUAUUAUAUUAUCUGAAAUAAUUUAAAUAUGUGCUUUCUUUUUCUCAACGCUGCAAACAGUACAAACUAAUAAUAUUCCAUCACUUUUUCACACAGUAGAAAUUAUUAUAAAUACAUUUUGACGGUUAUCAUAAUUAUUUUCACAUAAAAAGGAAAAACGUCCAUGAGUAGCAAAGCCCUAGUGCCGAAUUCCCCCACUUUUUGGAAAUAGAAAUAUUAUUUACAAAACAAUAAAUAAUCUUUUAUUUUAAUAACACAAUAGUAUACUAUAAUAAGUAAUAAUAACUACAAUUAUACAAAAAAAAAAAAAAUAAGAAACUUGAAAUUUAACCAUAAAAAUGGUAAGGAUGGUGUAGAAAGUAAAAACCUUCGAAAACCAUAUCCUAGUUCCUAUACGUCAUGCACACACAAAAUUUCAUCACAGUGACUUUAUUUGGGGAGUUUGUAAAGGUUUGAAAAGCUAAGAAAUCACCAACCACCCGCAAUGACGUGACUAAAAUCAUAAUGAAAUUCAAUCCGAUAUCGUUCACUUCCAUCAGCCUUCAAACUAACUCUAAUUUCCGAUUUUUAGUUCAGUAGCAGUCGCUAGAAAUGUCCACGCGAUUAAAGGGGAAAAAUAAGAUACGCGGGUAAAUAAUACAUAACAGACACAACGCAGUGCAAUAAUAUUCUAUAUAUUUGUCGGGAAAAAUUCAACUGAAAUCAAAUAGUAGGUUGAAACCCGCGCUCGACGAUAGUAAUAAUAAUUAUUACCUAAUGGUUGUAAAUAAACGUAUACUUGAAAAACAAACAAAUGAACGAAUUCCGAGUAAAAACGUCACGUCUACUUAAAUGCUGGCCAAAGUCAAACUUGACCGUAAUAAUAAUGCGAUGUGACCAAACAGCAGCAGUAGCGUGUGUGCGCUGUGUAUUUAACCGACAGAAAAAAAAAUAUACAUUAAACCCGAGAGUUUUCUCAACAUCACACUAUAUUAUUUUAUACGUAGCUGCGGGUAUCUUGCGCUUAUAUUUGCGCUAUACUUCAAUCGGACAUCGCAGCGUCGUCUAUUCCUACGGUAUAAAAUAUAGUAUUCGCGUUGCGCUUUUGAACACCGUCCAACAUUUCCCGUGUAAUAUACACUCGCGGUUCCGGUAUAUUAUUGUCGGGAAAAUAUAAUAUUGCACGGUGUUAACCUUUUACGGUUUUCACUAAACCGAAAUGUUGCGAUAUCAAAUUAUAUUAAUAUAAGAAAGUGUGUGUCGAACAAACCGCGCGUCCGUUUUUCCGCCACUCCCCUCAACCACCAUUCCCCGCCUACUCAGUCGCGAUUAUCAAACUUAAUAACGAAUCGUUGGGUUUUAUAGGCUUUAUUGGCUACUGGAGUGUUACCGUUCGCAGUGCAGCAGCAGAUAUCACGGAAUAAAUCCAAACGAGUAAUUCGAUUAGUUAUAUUAUUAUUAUUAUUAUUAUUAUUAUUAUUAUUAUUAUUAUUGCUGUUAUUAUUGCGCGGGAGCAAUAACUAUAAUAAUAAUACGGAAUGAUGGAAAGAAAUUAUUGAAAUAACUGCUUUGGGAAACCGUAUUGCGGACUGUCUAAAUAAAUUCGUUAUAUUGUGUGUGUGUGUGUGUGUGUGUGUGCAAUAAUAAUAAAAUAGUGAACGUAAACAAACCCCAAUACAAAUCUACGCGUUGCAACGGAGGGUUUAUUUUCCUUUUUUUAGUUUGUUUUUAAACGAUUCCAGUAGUUGUUAUUCACAAUUUUUUGAAUACCGAUACGGACAUUAUUUUUCCGAGUUUGCUGACUGAAUGGAUUUUCCUUCUAACGGUUUUAAACCGGAAAUUCAUAUAAUUAUAAUAUAUUGUUUAAUUAAGUUUCAUUUUUUUUUUUUUUUUUUUUUAGUUAUUAUCUUAUUAUUAUAAGUUAUAAUAAUAAUAAAAAAAAAUAUCUGAUCUGCUGAUGGGUGUGUUAUUGUUAUAAGUGGGAAGUUGGGAAGACAAGACAUAUAGAGCUAUUUAGUUUAUGUGCACUAAUGCACCAUUCCAAAUUAAAAACGAUUCUGAGCAAAGUUCGGUUAAAUAUGGUUUUAAACUCCGUGGUUUAAAUGAUUUUAAUUCAAAUUUAAAAAACUACUACAUAAUGUUCAACUCUUCAAGCUCCCUCCCCCCUUCACACACACACACACACACACAAAGUACAACUUAUUAUAAACCUCGUGUUCAAUUUUAAUUUUUUUUUUUCUUAGCUGGACUAAAACAUGUUUAUCCUUAUAAAACCAAAUAAUAACUAAAAAAAAACUCUAAAUUUUAAAUUUCAAAUGGCUACCUGUAUACAGUUCAACCAUUUCAAACUAUUUUGCGAAACCUACCACAUCUAUAAAAGACUCGUAUAAGUAUUCAGAGAAAAUUGUAGGUCUUUACGUCUCAGAGUCAAAAAUAACAGAACUAUUGCGUACAUUUAUCCAAUUACUUAUUAAAAAAAAAUCAAAUAAAAACCCCUCCCUCCGUGUACCGAAUAGACGAAAUUUACUUUUAGUAAUGCUGCACGUUAUGAUGAUGUGAGUAAGAUAGAUCUAUUUGGUUAUAAUAUAGCUAUGCGCUGAACACUUUUUUUUUUUUAUUACAUCAGAUGUGAGUUUUUGGCCACGCGUUGGAAUUAUGAAAACUGUAUUAUGAAUAUUUUGAGUCGUACAACUUCCUACUGCAUUAGCUUAUUGGCACAAUUGACAAUAUAAUUUGUCUCCAUUAUAGAAAACUCAAUAAACUCACGUCAAGUAAUAAUACAAAUUACUUAUAAUCAUCAAAGACAUAUUAUUAUUAGGUUAUAUUACGCUAUAGUUAUUAAUAUAACUCCAUUAAAUCGUCGAAAUUCAACUGAACACAAUAUCAUACUAUGGAAUUAUUUAAUUUAUAUAAUAAAUUUUCAGUAUUAAUACACGCUUAAAACAAUAACGUGAACGUAGUUUUAAUCGUUUUGUGAUCGAUGACGUUAAAAAUAAACCAUUGUUGUAAUUAUGCGGUAGAAUAAAUACGUAUAGGUAAUAUUAUACUCGUAACAACAACAACAUUAAUAAAAUGACGUGUAUUAAUUGAGUAGAUAAUUAAUUUUGGAGAAAUUAAUGAAAAACUUAAAAACGUUCAAAGCAACAAAUGAGACACGUAAAAAAAAAAAACGAUAACGAAAAUUGGUUCUUUAUCACAGUAAACGAUUACAAAAGGUUCACUCCUCAGGUUCAUAAAUAAUUGGGCAUCAAUUUAUAAGCACGGGAAUUCUAAGGAUGCAAAAUAUUUAAAUGAAAUGUUAGGGUACAAAACAGAAAUUACUCUCUUAAAAAAUCGUGUAAACGAAUAAUCAUUUAUUUGUUAAAUAUACAGUGAUCAAUCUAUCGUAUGACACUCAUUAUUUCGGAAAGUAUUAACUUUUUUCAGAAUUUAUUUUGUAAAAAAUCUAAAAUACAAGCAGCUCUACAAUUUUACAUUUAUGUUAGUUUUUGUUACCCUUAUUUUUGUGGGGUAAAAUCACUACUUACUUUUGAUUUUCAAAUGGCAACCUUUAAUAAAAAUUCCGUAAAUAAAUAGAGUUGGUUAAAUUAAAUUUUAAUUUCUUAAAUGUUUUUUUAAAACAAAUUGCCGAAAAAAAUUAUUUCUUUCCGAAAUAAUAAGUGCCUUACGAUAAAUUGAUCACCCUGCAUUAUAACGAUAGAUAAUGUCACUUCGGCAAUAUUUGCCUACUAAUCUACAAAAUAUCUGUUUUAUAGAAAAACUAGAGAUUAUUCAAUUUGAAUUCUAUGGUGUUACUUGAGGAAAACAUGAUUUGCCCGACGCUUGAAAAGUACCAUGUGACAUGGGCAUGCAAUUAAAAAUGGAUAUCAUAAUAAAUAAUAAUAAUAUUUUUUUGUAAGAUACAUCUACUAGGUAAAAAUGUACGUAGAAAACUUCCCGAAAUGUUCAACAUUUAUGUCCAUAAACAAUUUUCCAUCCAUAAAUCUUUUUCCAAUCAUCAAGUAUCUUCUCUUAAAGAAAAUUUUGUCUAGUUGGUGCAAUGGGAGAUCAGUUUUUAAUUUUUAUUGUUGUUUCUUUGAUAACUUAAAAAUGCGAAAUUUGUUGUUUAAUUUUUAAUACCAACAAAGGGAAAAACACGACUUGCCUAUCUACUCCGUUUAGAAUCACUUUUUCAUAUGCCCUUUAUCAUAUAUAUAUAUAUAUAUAUAGGAUAACCGAGUAAUAAACCUUCCCAACAACCAGUGGUAAAUCCAAGAGAGAGGCAAUAGGAUCAUUUGCCCCUCUCCCAAACACCCUAAAUAUAAAUAAUAAAUAAUACCUAUGUACUCGUAAUAACGUACUACAACUAGAGAAUUACGUCGACGGAUAGAUAAAACACAAAGAAAAAGAAAUAGUAAUAUUCUGAUUGUAUUCGACCGUUUUCGUAUACUCGAACAAGUAUAUUAUUAGUAAUAAUAAGUAUAAAUCCUAGCCCUAUUUAUUACAAUAUGCAUUAUAAAUUAGUGGAUACAUAAAAAUAAUACUGUUCUGAAUUAAACAUUCAUAUUAUUGUUAUUAUUAUUUUAUUAAUAUUUAUCUCUUCUGCGUUCUAUUUUGUAUUGAGUGCCUCAAUAAAAGUUGUCGUGAGCAUCCAAAACAAAAUUCAUAAGUGUCCUUUUACUGGAUUAUUGAUAUUGUUUACUAACUUAUUUGAAUUUUAUAUAGGAAUACCGCUGGUGGUCGCAUCGAUCUGGGGCAUGACGAAAGUUUAUGUACCCACCACACAGAACGUGAGUGUCAAUAAAAUUCAAACUAUCUAAAAUAAAAUAAUUUUUAAAAAACCAUGCUUAAUGCUUAUAAACCUAAUUGAAAAAUAAAUAAUAAUGGAAAAUGUUAAAAAAAUAUCUUCUCACGUAUACUAUUAUUAUUAUUAUUAUUCAUAAAUUUAUAAUAUCGUCGAAAUUAAAUUACAAAGUAAAUUAAAAUUUACAUAUACAUUUAAUCAUAAGGCACUUUUCGCGUUUUGAUAGCACCCUUCUCAUAUAUUAUAUUAUAUAUUGUAAGUGUCCUAUGUGCAUUUGUGAUCCUUAGUUUUUCAUUCAUUUUUUCCCUAUUUAUUUUUCAUGUAUUGAAAGCACCCCAUGCUUAAAUAUGUGGUUAUGUUAUAACUAUAGUAUAAUUUCGAUGUUGUCAUGAUAGUGUAGGGUGGUGCAAACGGUAAAUAUGACCACGGAUUAUUUAUAGUAAAGGAUAUACGAAAAAAAAUUUCAUGAGACAUUUAGAAAUAUUUAGAAAUAUUUUCCCAAUAGCCAUACAGAAAGGUUAAAAACCGAUUUCCAACGAUUUGAAAUUGUUUUCGGGCGCAAGCUAUUAUAAGCAAUAAGCAUGGUAAUAAAAACUACAUGAUGACAUUUUUUAAAUUUAUUAAUAUUUGUUCGUUGUUUUUACAGUUAGACGUAUACAAUGAAACGACACAUAAAAAGUCCUGUGUACUGAUGACGUCGAACGGAAUAGAUUGGAUUUAUGUGAUACCAAUAAUCGUCGUUUUAUUCAUCAAUUUACUGUACCUUCUAAAAAUUAUGUGGGUAAGUUCGAUAAUCGGUUGGAAAUAUUAUUUUCUAAACCUUGCCUAAUUCGGUCUGAUGUGUUAAAAGGUGCUCAUAACUAAAAUACGAUCGACAAACACUACAGAAAUACAUCGUUACAAAAAGGCGGCCAAAGCGCUUUUGGUUUUGAUACCCCUGUUGGGCCUCGCCUUUUGUCUGGAUUUUAUCGAUCCCAGGUUCUGGAAUACUGAUUACAAAUUGUUGAUCGAUAUUUUCUGUUAUGGCAGAGUUGUCAUUACGAGUACACAGGUAAAUGUAUACAAUACAUAAUCGCAAUACAAAAAUAGAAUAACCAAAAGGUACACUCCCGAAGUUUCGAAGUACCAGAAAUGAAUAAUUCCCUUGUUGUCAAUGUAUUUUCUACUUUCUAGCCACAUUUGUUAACCAUCAAUACUAAUUGUAAACACAACCUCAAAUUUUGUCGACAAUUUAAACUCUACUGAUGAUUAUUACAAAACAUGGUGUUUUCUGUUGUUAUUAAACAAUACUACUACCAUAAAUCAAAUAAAAUUAAAGAAUUUUGUAUAAUAUAACCUGAAGAAAUUUCAAAAUGUCUGAUGAUUAAUGUUUUUUGAAUAAUAUUGUAAAUCUUAUUGAAAUAUCCCAUUUUUCUGCUUAUUUUAGGAUAGAACCAUUGGUGGAGGGAGGGCUUAAGCGAAGAUUGGAGGAUUGAAGGGCUUAGUCAAAAAUUAAAACCUUCCAAAGCCCCAGUAAUAUGGAUACUGUCCUUAUGAAGUUUAUAUAAGGGUUAUUUUAACCCAUCUCAAAGAAUAGUACCAAAUUCCUAUCUAUGAGUAGGGACAAAAAAUAAGGACAUAGAAAAUAUAAAGAAACAGUCGUGAUUUUCUUUUUCUUUUUUUAUCACAAAAUAGCGAUUAAAGAUUUUAAAUAUAUUAUAUAAUCCUUGUCAUUACUUCGGUCGUAUUAUAGAAUGAUAGUAAACAAUUUCAUCCACUCAGUUUUCAACAUUUUAUCUUCCCCCCAAGAAAAACAAAAAUGUAGCCAAUUCCUUAAUUUAUGAAUAGUUACUAAAUAUAUAUUUUUCAUAAAAUCGGUACUAUCGCAAUAGCUUGUAUCGAACCAAUAAAGUAAAACUCGUUUUACAAUAUCCUUAAAUAAUACCUACAAUAACUGUAUAAAUAACUUGGACAAAUCGAUUAUAAUUAAAAUCUACUACGGAGUUUGUGAUAAAAUAAUAACAUUAUUACUUUACCUAUUGCAUCGAAACGCCGUACAAGAAAACGCCAAAUGAAUUCUUACAAAGUUGGUGUUAUACAUUUUUACAGGGAUUCAACGUAUCAUUGCUGUAUUGUUUUUUUAAUCACGAAGUUCAAAAUACUUUAAAAGACCACAUUAUCAGAUGGAAAGAAAAACGACGUUUUAUCGCCGCCCGAGAAAAGUAUGGGCAGUCGUGGUUGUCGCAAAAAAAUCGAAAUAUUUGGUAAGAAUAGUCACUUAUUUUAUCGAUUAAGAUUAUUAAGUUAUGAUGUGGGUGUAUUGGGUUCUCAUAUCCUUAAAUGUUCGAUGGUUAUAUACAUGGGCUACCAUGGAGAGCAAAAGGGGCAGAUGUCACACACGCCCUGAACAAAUAACAUGAACUAAAAAUGUAAACUUUCACUUUUGCAUACAUAUUGAGAAUUUUUUUUUAUUUUACCCUCUUCUCAAAAAUGUCACCUAUGGACGCCCAUUAUUAUAUACAUUGACUAUUUAUUAAUAAAUACUAGUAGUUUUUCUUUCGUAAUAUAUACAUAAAAUUGUUUGACCAAAGAUUAAAUGCUUGAGCAUUUAACAGGAGAUUCAAUAUAAGUUGUUCUUAUAGUAGUAAAAAAAAAUAACUGACAUAAUUCGCACAACAGGUGGACCACUGUUGUUGAUGAAAUGUUGAGAAGGUUGGAUACAGAGACGAAUUUAAUAUAUAUAUCUGUAUGCAACGAUUAAUCAUUAAAAACGAAAAACGAUUCUAAAUGGAAUUCGAUAAAACAUGUUUUAAAAGGUCGUUAUAUUUACGAUUUUCGUCAAAAUUUGGUAUCAAAAUUCUUAUAAAAACAAAAAAAAUACAUUAAACUCAACUAUUUCUUGUUGAUUACUGAGUACAACUUAUAACAUAACCACCUGUUAAAUUUUCAAACAUUUCCGUUUGGCCUAACAAUUUUAUCCACAGAGUACCUACCGAAUAAAAAUUACGUAAAAACUCGCAAAAUGAAUAUAUCUAUAAAUUGCUUAAAAAUGGCUCAAAUGUUUUAAAAAUGUUACCAUGUUUAAAACAGGCAAAUAUUAGUCUCAUUUUCAACUAAUUACAACAAAAAAACAAAGUUCAAAAUAAUAAAAGCAUUUUCGUAAAUUUUCCCGUUUUCCCCAAUUAUUAUGAAAACUACUUGGAAAAAAAAAAAUGACCUCCCUAACGUACCAACUAGAAAAAAUUUCCUUUCAGAAAAAAUGCUACACUUGAUACAUUGGAAUACAAUUUCUGGUAGAAAUUGUAUAAAAAGUAUAAAAAAAAAAAAAAAAAAAAAAAAAAACAAUAUAAAUAAAAUAAACAUCAUCUUAAAACCAAUACAUCGCUUUGCUCAGAAUAUAAUAGAACUAAUGUCAUUUUUUUACGUCGGGUUGUAGAAAUAUACGUCUGUAAACAAUUCGUACAUACCUACUGCAUAUAUAGGUAGCAAAUUCGAGUACCACGGAAUUGUGUUGGAAAUAUUAACUAAAACAAAUUACUGAAUUUUCUACCUACAGUCACAAUAUGGGAGCGAAAGAACCGUGGAUACCGGUGGAAAACAGUAACGGUAGGUCGUCUUCGUGCAUCAGCAACACCACGACCUCUUCAGCGAUGUCGACCACCAAACUUUUGAACACGACCAUCGAAAUACCUGAUGAUACCGGAUACCUACAACAAGAACAGGACAGUUGUUGAUGGACACUGUUUUCAGUAAUCCAGUCCGUUUCGUUUUUAAAACUGCUUUAAUAUGAUAAUUAUGAUUAUGAUUUGAAUCCAUCGCGCUGAAAAUCACAUUUUAAUAAUAUGGUUAUUAUUUUUAUUUUUUUUUUUUUUUUUUGUUUUGGUAUUAUUAAUGUUAUUAUUGAUUGUA